CCCGUGGGCCGGAUCCGGCCCAAUCACCUUCUCAGUCCGGCCUGUGGACGGUCCAGGAAUUACGCUGCACGUCAGAAUCAGCGCCCUUUUACAUGAGUAGAAUGUAAAUCUCUGGGUUAUUUGUGGGGCCUGCCUUAAGAGAUAAAGGAGCAGUUAUUUUCUUAUAACCCCGGGGGGGGGGCCUCGCUGGGCUCCUUCCCUGCAUCUCUGGAGGCCUUGGCCUGAUCCAGCCCCCGGCAACCUUCCCAAGGUCACGUGUGUUUUGGGGCCCCCUUUCUGCGCUGUCGUGCUGUGGAUGGGUGGGAGGCAGCGCGCCAAUGUAAGAAGCCCAAGUCGUCAUGGCGAUGGGGAUGCGGGCGAUGGAGACGGAUGGGCUGGUCCUCGCUCUGAGCAUCCUUCCCUGGGCCCCCCGGCCUCCCUGCCUGGCUCGGAUUCUGCCCUGGCGGCUCCUCCUGGCUGUGUGGCCCGGCCGCUGGCACCGUGGAGCCCAGUCCGAGGGGGCUCUGCUGGUUGCUGCCCUGGCCCUGGGGGGCCAAACGGUCGCCGUCGGUGGCCACCGCCAGCUCGCGGGGCCGCCUCCUCAGCAUCAGCUUCAUCAACAGCGGAGCGGCCCCAUCGACCCCCGAGAGGCUGCCCAGAUGCCCCCAAGUGCGUGCCAGGGGAGGGGGGGCAGGGGGGACCCCCCAGGGGACGGGGAGACAUGGGGCACAGGGGCCGGGAUUGGGGAGCCAACAGGCCUGGGAAGCAGGUGGGGGCCUUGGGGGGCCUUUGGCAGUGGCUGCAUGGGGUGGGCAGGAAGGAGUUAAUAAUAAUAAUAAUAAUAAUAAUAAUAAUAAUAGUAUCAUUUAUAUGCCGCCCAUCCAACUGGGUUGCCGUGGCCAGGAUUCAUCCAGUGCCCUAAACCCUGAGGUCCCAGGGCGGUUCGCAGAAUAAAGUCAAAAUAGAAAACGACAUUCCAGUAACAACCCCUCCCCCCAGAACCCCCCCCCAUUUUAAAAGGGCUCUCCCUGAUUUCUUUUUCUUCCUUCCCUGUUUUUAAUGUUUGAAGUUUUCUUUUGUUUAAUAUUCUGUUGGGAGCUGCCCAGAGUAGCUGGGGAAACCCAGCCUGAUGGGUGGCCAAAGGCAUCCCGUCUGACAUUUACAAGACAUCUGAAGGCAGCCCUGCAUUGGGAGGUUUUUAAGAUAGUUUAAAAGAUAGUUUAACUUUUUUUAAUCUUUUGUUGGAAGUCGCCCAGAGUGCAGUAGAAAUACAUGGGCAGGGUAGAAAUAAUAAUAAUAAUAAUAAUAAUAAUAAUAAUAAUAAUAAUAUAUCAUCAUCAUCAUCAUCAUCAUCACAGUGGUACCUUGGUUUGUAUACGUUUUGGAUUACAAACACGUCAAACCCAGAAGUGCAUGUCCCGGUUUGCAACCUUUUUUGGGAUUACAACCCUUUUUUUUUGGAUUACGAACAAUUUUUUUUGGGAGGCCCCAUUGGUGAAAACGCGCCUUGGGUCACAACCUGUUUUGGUUUACGAACGGGCCUCCGGAACGGAUUACGGUUGUAAACCAAGGUACCACUGUAUUAUUAUCCCAGGGGCAGCAGGAGGAGCUUGGUAUUUCCCUUGAACGCUUCCACCCUGAAUGACCUGCUGUGUGUGAUCUUCGGAUGAAGGGAGGCAUACAAAUUUAAUAAAUAAUAAUAAUAAUAAUGAUAGGAAUAAGUGCAUUUUCUUUGAAAUCCUAUUGUUUGGAUGGAUGUAAUUUUCAAGGAAGCCUGUUAAGACUGACUCCUUAUUUUAAAUUUUCCUGGUUUGGGAUUCAGUUACAAUUUGUGUGUGAAUAAUGCCUUUCCUUUGUGUUGCCAAAAGGGCCCAGAAAUUCAGAAGGGAGAAGCAAGGAAGGGGGGGGGCUUUGUAAAGGAUUGUAAAGGAGUGUCUUUCUCCACAUAAACUGUUGUAGAAAUAGGACAACGUUUGAUUAAACACGCACACACACUGUAUAUAUAUGUGUGUGUGUAUAAAUAUAUAAAAAUAUAUUCAUAUAUAAAUAUAUAUUUGCGUGUAAGGGAAUUGGUUUCAUUAGGAGUGACAAAUCAACUCCCUCCCCUCAAAAAAAAAUACAUUCUCCGAAAGAUGACCUUUAUCAUCAUCAUUAUUUAUUAAAUUUGUAUGUCGCCCUUCAUCUGUAGAUCUCAGGGCAGUCCACAGCAUAAAAAUACAGGAUGAAAACACAAAAUGUGGAAUAAAAGCCAAUUUGCCUAACAGCUUCAUGUGGUCAUUGGCGUGCACUGAUAGAUGCACAUUUAGAAAUAGUUUCUGCAAUUGGAACAGACUAGAGAGAGGCUUCGUCUCGCCAUUGCAAUGAAAGCAGAGGCCAGGUGACCGGUGUGCCUGCUCUCGAGGUGCAAAGGGUGGAUCAGGGCCCUUCUGGCUGCAGUCCUGAGAGAGAGAGAACAAGUGGUUAGGGCUUCUCACUCCUGAUUGCUUUGCGCCAAAGCGCAUGGCUCUGAGCACUUUCCCGCUUCUCCUGUGCUUUCAAGACAUGUGUCUGAGCGGGUUCCCUCACCCCCCCAAAAAUAUAAUUUUUAUGAAGUUUCCAAACUUCUCAGAUUAACUUCAAAUUAGAUAGCAACUUUGUUUCCCAGAUUGACUUCCCGCAGAGUUUUUAUUCAAACCCUUAUCUAUUAUGAAAACCCUCUAAUACCAUUAUUUCCUCAUCAUUUCUUCCGGUGAGCAGUUUUGCCUUUGGCCCACCACUUUGCCCCAGAAAGCUCACACUUUGGCAAUAAAUCGGAAGGGGCUCAACUAGUAUCAUGCGCAGGGCCAGAUUGAGGUUUGAUGCGGCCCUCAGCUCCUGAAGAUAAUGGGGCCCUUUCUAUGUCCAGCUGUCCUUUGUCCACAACAAAUGGUCACUGUUUUUUGUGUUGAAUAUAUGCUGUAUGGUAACUGAUGGACCUCAUAGGUGCCUAAAGCCAUUUGCCCAUGUUGCCCUGCAACCAGUCCAUGCAGAAUGUCGGCACCCUAUAUAUAGAAAGGAGCAAAGCAGGGAUAUUUGAGGGAGCAGGCGGGGCCCAUGACUUACAUCAGGGGUGUCCAACUCCCUAGAGACUGCGAUCUACUCACAGAGUUAAAAACUGGCAGUCAUCUACCCCCUUUUUUUGGGUUCAGGUCCAAGUUGUUGAGUUUUUUCAGGGAGGAGGUAAAAUGUUGAGCUUUUUUUAGGGGAGCCACAGUUGUGAUCUACCACAGAUGCCCAGUGAUCUACCGGUAGAUCACGAUCUCCCUGUUGGAUAUGCCUGACUUACAUCAUAGGAGCCUACACAACACAAAACAUGGUUGCCGCAUGUAGGUUUUAUUUUAUUUGUUUUUUAUCUUCUAUUUUGGAAAUGUCCAUUCAUUUUUUGGGGCCCCCCAAGAGCAUGGGGCCCUGAGCUAUACCUUGUUUAGCUUAUACGUAAAUCUGGCACUGAUUAUGUGAGAGGAAGAAAGACUUCUCUCUGUCCAUUUCCUCCACCUGCAGUUCUGAUGAUGGAGGGACAUUGAUACUGAUAUACACCGAUCUUUCCCCCCCAGGAUAUAUUUGGCUACAAGACUAAAGGGUGCCGGAGGGCCCUGUGCCUCGCUGGGUACGUCCUGUCCUGCGGAGUCCUCCUCCUCCUCUUCUACUGGAAGCCCGAGUGGGACGUGUGGGCCAACUGCGUGCCCUGCGACUUGGAAGAGGCCGAUGUCGUGCUCUUGCGGACAACGGUGGGUGGCCUUUGCAUCUCCCAAGCAGCUUCCCCAAGUUCUCAUCCCCAGAGGUUACAGCCAGGCAGGGCAUUGCGGAGAUUCCUGUAGGCUGUCUCCCACAUCUCACUGGGCAGUAACCCGGGAAUUGGUUAACCUGCGGAACUCACUCCCACAGGAAGCAGUGAUGCCACCAAUUCAGAGGGCUUUAAAAGAGGAUGGGAUUAUCUUAGGGAGGUUUUUUUUCUUUCUUUGGCAAUCCCUCAUAGCCGAGUAAGAUGGUCUUCCAUAAACAUGGUUUUAACAGUGAGUCCGUAAGUGACUGUGGAGGCCGAUUCUGGAUCCACACGUCCUUCCACAGUGGGGACACUGGUGGGAGCUGAUCACAGUGUGGAUUUGCCAAGCGUGCCUUCCUCUUAGCACGUUUCUCCCUUGCGUCCUGAGUUUGAGCAUCUUCAAAGCCCAUGACACCUUUGGCAAAGGCUGUUCUCCAACUUGAGUGCUCUCAGGCCAGUGUUUCCCAGUUGUCAGUGUUUAUACUACAUUUUAAAAGAUUUGCCUUGAGAGAGUCUUUAAACCUCUUUUGUUGACCACCAGCAUUACGCUUUCCAUUUUUAAGUUGGGAAUAGAGUAGCUGCUUUGGAAGACGAUCAUCAGGCAUCCACACAACAUGACCAGUCCAACGAAGUUGAUGUUGAAAAACCCUUAUCUUUAUUAAACUGUUGCAACAGGGUCCUCACUCACCACACACAGGAUGGAGGAGGAACCCAGAACAAAGGUGUGCAAGCCCUUAUAUAGACUUUUGAAAUUCCCACCCUGUAGCUCAAGGUAAAGGGACCCCUGACCCUUAGGUCCAGUUGCAAACGACUUUGGGGUUGCGGCACUCAUCUCGCUUUACAGGCCAAGGGAGCUGGCAUACAGCUUCUGGGUCGUGUGGCCAGCAUGACUAAGCCGCUUCUGGCGAAACCAGAGCAGCGCACGGAAACACCAUUUACCUUCUCGCCGGAGCGGUACCUAUUUAUCUACUUGCACUUUGACGUGCUUUCAAACUGCUAGGUGGGCAGGAGCAGGGACUGAACAACGGGAGCUCACCCCGUCGCAGGGAUUCGAACCGCUGACCUUCUGAUCAGCAAGCCCUAGGCUCUGUGGUUUAGACCACAGCACCACCCAUGUCCCUCUGUAGCUCAAGACCACCCCCAAAAAACAUCAUACAUACAUCACAGAAGGGGCAGUCUACAGCAGAAUCCUGUCUGGCAGGAAACCUGUUGAUGGGUUCUCCUGGAGAGCCUGGCCAUUCCUUUGUGAUGAUCAGUACUUAAUUCCUGAGUCUAGGUCACAGGCUCACCCUAUUCAUAUGCCUGGAGAAGCUUCCAGUUUGGAAGAAUUUUAGAGUAGGAAAGAAACCCCCUGGGGUCAUCUAGUCCAGCCACCUGCCAUGCAGGAAUCAAAAAGCUCAUGGUGUAAUUUUUUAGGCCACCAUCAUUAUGUCUGAAAUUCAUGGAAGUGGACAGUCCGGUACAGUCUGUGAUUUAAAGCUCUGUCUCCAAGCACCCUUUUUCUAUUCCAGAGCUUUCCCCAUGAAAACCGGCUCUUUAAAGCUCAAUCAGAGCAAACAUUAAGCUGAGGAAAACUCGAAUGGACAUUUGAAUCCAAUUCAGCUUUGAAGCGGUUUUUUGCAGGGAAAAUUCCAGGGCAAAACCCAAAAAACCCUCCAUGCUUGGACACAGAAGGCUAAAGUGCGGCCCUCAGCCUGGAAAGAGCAGGGCAGAAGUUGAGUGUGGAAGAGCCCUCAGGCUUGUGUGAAUAGCUGCGUGAUUUGUCCUGCUUUAACCGGAUUGUGAAUUACCAACGGGAUUCACGCUGUGUUUUCCCUCCCCUAGGAUGAGUUCCAGAAAUACACCAGGAAGAAGGUGAUCCACCUUGAUUUGCAGAGCGUCUUGGACAGUGAAAAGCUGGACCACCUCCUUUUCGGUGCUGACCAGGGUUCCGUCAUCAGCAGGGCCAUCAUGAAGCCUGGAAUGACGGUGAGCUCUCCUCGGCACAAGCCGGCAAAUGAGUGAUGGGCACGAGAAAGAGGUUUCUUUCUAUCCCCUCCUUCCUUGCCCCUUCCUUUCUAGAUCGGAGGAAAUUGUUUUCUUCUUUGGCGGUCCCUCAUAGCCUAGUAAGAUUGUCUUCCAUAAACACGGUUUUAACAGUGAGUCCGUAAGUGACUGUGGAGGCCGAUUCUGGAUCCACACGUCCUUCCACAGUGGGGACAUUGGUUUCUGGACAGGAGUCGAUCCUGGUGAGGGUUUGCCAAGUUUGCCUUCCUCUUAGCACGUUUCUCCCUUGCGUCCUGAGUUCGAGUGUCUUCAAAGCCCAGGACACCUUUGGUCAAGGCUGUGCUGCCGACUUCCUUUCGUUUGUCCUGAAUCUUCCAGCAAAAAGCUUCCCUUUGCCUCCGUCCCGAAUAAGCCCGGGGUAGCAGAUGCACAAAUGAAGCUACAAGGCUCCUUUGCCCCAGAAGCUCUUUCACUGAGCGGAUGCUGUGAUGCCAGCUGCCCCCUGCCUUGCUUGUUCCCCCAGGACGAGAGUGGCAGGAUGCUUUGUCAGGGCGGGGGCCGCUCAGGGGCAGGUGCGGCACUUACCUGGGCGGCGUUGCUGUCUGGCUUGACAAUGGUGCGGCUCACUUGCACGCUGCCUUUGCUCCCGUCCGAGCUGGACUCCUCCAUUUUCUGUAAGAAGGAAGGAGGAGAACACACAUUGCGACUGGGAGAGUCUCCAGGACCAGAUUAGAGGGUGGCAAAGAUGGUGAAGGGUCUGGAAGCCAAGUCUUAGGAGGAAUCCUUGAGGGGGCUGGAGAUGUUCAGCCUGGCCAUCUGUCUUGACACGCUUUGGCUGAGAUUCCUGCCUUGCACGGGGUUAGACUAGAGGACCUUUGGGGGUCCCUUCCAACUCUACAAUUCUCUGAGUCUUUGAGAAGAGGAGACUGAGAGGAGGUCCGUGUUUAUGGAAGACAAUCUUUCUCGGCAAUGAGUGAUCGCCAAAGAAGAAGAAGAAGAAGGAUGAUGAUGAGUCCUGCUGGAUGAGGCCAAUGGGGGCCUAUCAAGGGCAGUACCCAGUUCUCACCGUGGCCAACCAGAUGCCUGGAGGAAAUCUGCAAUGAGGAUUCGAACACGAGAUCCACGUUCUCCCCUCUUGUGGCUUCCAGAAGCAUCGCUGCCUCUCCACCCCCUCCCCAAAUCCUGCCGGCCCUUGUGGGGAACGGCGGAAGGCAACUUUCCUCUGCCCACAAUCUUGGGCUGCAACUCUUUCCGUGUUGCCCCACUGUGGGCUCCCUCCAGGGGCGUUUGCCAUGCAGCAGCGGAAGGACGGACACACCAAUGGCACGAGAUGCAAAAGCAGGUUCAGCUGAUACUGGAGCAGAUUGGCAGAUUGUGUUGCAAACAGACAGGAAAAACCACGUCCGGGAGCGAAGCCAGAGGGCCCGAGUUUUGCUCUGCCUGUUAGCAGAGGGAUGGAGCCGAGGGGAGGGGACCUCUGGGGCAACGUUCCCACGCUCCUCCAUGCUGGAGGUGGCAUGAGGACAAGGCCUUCAGCCCUGUGAACGUGCCACGGAGCAGGUCCCCGGUGCCAGCCGCGUGACCGCAAGGGUCAAGAGCCGGGAAGGGCAGCCUCAAAAAUCAAGGCAGAGGGUGACGCAAUGUUUAUGCCAGAUUUCCUCCGACAACGGAGCAGCCGCUGUGUCCCUGUGCAUUCAGGCAACGGCAGAGGAGCUUUGGCACGCCCCAGACUCCUUUCUGCGGAAGCCCCGGGCUUUGCACUGCAAACCACAACCGCUCUGCUCAGUGGAGUGUGUUUGCAAACCAAUUGGUUCCCAGAGCCUCACUCCAUUGCUCAGUCACACAGUCCCAGGGUCCUGGCAGGUCCCCAGUGAGGCAUGGAAGCAGGAAGUGGGCCAGGAGGAGCAGCCAAACAAGUCCCCACACUUUGCUAGGCUGGCAAACCGGAGACCCAGGAUGAACAAGGCCUGCAGAUUUUUGGAUGUUUCCAGUCACUGCAGUCAACUCUUCCUCCUGGAAGCUGUCCCUCCCGGGUGAUCGUCAGAGGAUAAGCACCUGCUGGAUCCAGCCAAAGGCCCACCUGAGCCAUCAUCCUGUAUCCCAGUGGCCAUUAAGAUGCCUCUGCAAGCUUCCUCUUCUUCUUUGGUGAUCCCUCGUAGGCUUGUCUUCCAUAAACACGGUUUUAACCAUGAGUCCGUAAGUGACUAUGGAGGCCAAUUCUGGACCCACACGUCCUUCCACAGUGGGGACAUUGGUUUCUGGGUGGGAGUUGAUCACGGUGUGGAUUUGCCAAGAGUGCCUUCCUCUUAGCACGUGUCUCCCUUGCGUCCUGAGUUCAAGCAUCUUCAAAGCCCAUGACACCUUUGAUAAAGGCCGUUCUCCAACUGGGGCGCUUGCAGGCCAGUGUUUCCCAGUUGUUGGUGUUUAUACUGCAUUUUUUUUAGCUUUGCCUUGAGAUCUUUAAGCCUCUUUUGUUGACCACCAGCAUUACGCUUUCCAUUUUUAAGUUCGGAAUAGAGUAGUUGCUUUGGAAGACGAUCAUCAGGCAUCCGCACAACAUGACCAGUCCAACGAUGUUGAUGUUAAAGAAUCAUUGCUUCAACACGAGUGAUCUUUGCUUCUUCCAGGACACUGGCAUUCGUUCGCCUGUCUUCCCAAGCGAUGUGUAAAAUUGUAUACUGUGUCUCACAGAGGCUAGAGAUGCCAACUGGUUCUCUGGAUCCCAAAAGGACUUUCUGAAAAUUCUUCCCUGGGGCAAAUUUCCUGACUUCUACGUCUCCCAGCCCUUGUGCCAACGUCACUGUCAGAGCACACUGAACUUUGACAAAGACGACAAGCUUGCGCAGUGGGGCAAGGGCACCAUCCUCGCCCCCUGCCGCCACAGCAGAGUUAUCUGGGGCACAGCAGAGAGGUCCACAUCUGCUUAUGGGCUGGGAUGCUUCAGUGGGAAGCAGGGCUGUAACGCCUUGGCUCUCCCACAGAAGCGAGACACCAGCAGUAAUUAUCUCAGGUUUAUUGCUCAAACACAUAAAUCACUCCGGAGCUCCUUCACUCCGGGUCUGACUCCAAGUUUGCAGUUGCCGAGUCUAAACACCGCCCUUCCUCUUCUUCCAAUAGGGGAAAAAACCCUUUCGCUUCCGCUCUUUUCCCCUCCUCUCACUGACCUUUUCGCGCCUGAGUUUUUGGGCUAGCUAUUCCCGGCCUCCCCCCUUCUGUCUCUGUGCUAUCUUCUGCUUGCUCUCUGACAUCGGCUUCCCCUCCUCCCUCUCUCAUUCCAGUUCACAUUCCAGUGUCCCUAUCUCCCUUGGCUUGCUUAGAUUCCCAGCCUCUGUCAGCUCCGGAACAAGGGCACAUUCAGAGCCUUUGAGCAUCGUGGGAGCUGCUUGGGAACUCCACGGGAGGAUCAGGAACCCCUUCCCCCCAAAAAACCACCUCCCUGUUUACAUGGGGAAGGUGGGGGGAGCAAAUAAUAAUAAUAAUAAUAAUAAUAAUAAUAAUAAUAAUAUAUUUGUACCCCGCCCAUCUGGCUGGGUUUCCUCAGCCACUCUGGGCGGCUUCCAACAAGGAGUAAAAAUACAUCAAAAUGUCACACAUUAAAAACUUCCCUGAACAGGGCUGCCUUCAGAUGUCUUUCACGUUUGUGUACAUAAGCAUGGGGUUUCAAAAGUUCCUGCUUCUUUUUUACUUAAUUACAAUGGUAACUAAGUAAAUGCUGUUCCUCUAAUCCUGAUCUAACCAACCCUCCUUCACAACUACCACCCCCUCUCACUCUUCACUCCAUCCUCCAUCAGUCUCUCCUGAAGAGGCCAAAAACCAUCUUGGCUGCGAGUCCUGGAAGACCGUCUCUCUUUCCCCACCUAGCCUGGGAGAGAAGGGCCCAGUGAGAUGGGUGGAAGGAGAGACUCCAGCUACAAAAGCUGAGGCUGCUGAACAGACUCUUUGGCUUAGGAUAAUUUUGCGGGGGGGGGGGUUGCUGCUUUUGUAUAUUUAUUUUAGAUCUUGUUGUGAUUUAUGUGGUUAUUCUUCAAUUUGGAUGUGUAUUCUACUGUUAUAUUGUUUACGACUGCUUUGCUAUUUAUUACAUUUGCACGAUGACUUUCACCCAAAGAUCUCAAAGGUUGGGUGGUCAUCUGUUAGGAAUUCUUUUGCUGAAUAUCCUGCAGGGGGUUGGAGAAGAUGACUCUCGCCAUCCAGUCCAGUGCAAAAAUUCAAGCAUUGAAGCUACAGCUUUUUAAUUUUUAAAUUUGGAUUCAGUAAAGUAGACCAAAGAAAUAUUCAUAAAGACAGCAUAGGGCGGAACAUUAUCAUGAAACUUAUCAUUCCGAAACAUGAUGAAAAAUACCCAAAAUUUCCUAAGAAAUCUGAUGAUUUAUAUGAUUUAUAUGUAUUUGCACAUAUUAAUUUAUAGGUAUUUAUAGGUAUCAUUUCACAAUAAGUUAAUUUAAUCAUUGUUCCCAUCUCCCCAUCCCAUCAGUUUACAGAUGCUUCUAAAUAAAUAACCGUAACCGUAACCAUGCAUUGUUCUAACAGGUGAGAUACAUCCAUGUACAAAAAAUCCGUUAUGUCUGGGACCUCACGGAAAAGCAGUUCCUGAGAGUUGGGUGAGUUUUUAACUUGAUGGCUGGAGACUCUGAGGAGUUGGAGGGGCUCUGGCUGAAAUGCCGCCUCACCUUUCUGCCUCGUCUCCUUCCAGGUCGCUGGAGGACUCCAACACUUGCUACGAAAUCCAUCACAAAUUUGGAGACGGGCUGACGAGGAAGGAGAAGGCCCUCAGGUGUGGUCCACGGGGCAGAGCUGCUCCACAUCUAGUUCAACCUGCUGCAAAGCAGGAAUCAAUUUAAUCCCUCUUUCUUUUUGUAAUACAUUUUUAUUCCAUUUUACAAUUUAAUAUUCAACACAUUUAUCAUAUGAAAGAAAACAGAACAAAACAAAACUCUCCCCACCCCGCGACUUCCCUCAACUUCCCCUUCUGGUUCUUUAACUUCUGCUUAAAUUUUUCCUUAUUUUCCCUCUUUUAGCCAAAUGCUCUUACAUUCUUAUUAUUUUCAUACCAAAUUUUCUUCCAGUUACUUCGUACAUUUAAUUAAUUUCCGUAUUGUUGUUUCUUGACCUUUACUCUUGCUUUCUUAACUGUCAGUGUUUUACUCAAACCCUGCUAGUGAGUCCAUUUCUUUACAAUAUUUCUGUAAAUACAGCAUGAACGAUUCCCAGUCUUUUUUAAAAUCUCUGUUGUCUUUGUCUCUGACUCUUCCUGUGAGUUUCACCAUUUCUGCAUAUUCCAUAAUUUUAACUUGCCAUUCUUCUUUCAUUGGUAUCUUGUCUUAUCUUGUCUUUCCUUUCCUUUUUCCUUUCUUUUUUCCUUCCCCUUCCCCUUCUCCUUUUUCCCUUUCCUUUCCUUUCCUUUCCUUUCCUUUCCUUUCCUUUCCUUUCCUUUCCUUUCCUUUCCCUUUCCCCUCUCCCUUUCCCUUUCUCCUUUCCUUUUCACCGUUCCCUUUCCCUUUCCCCCUUUUCCUUUCCUUUCCCUUUCCCUUUCCCUCCCCCUUUCCCCUUUCCCCUUUCCCCUUUCCCUUUCCUUUCUAUCGCUUCUUAAAUACCAUAUUUUUCGCGCUAUAGGACGCACUUUUCCCCCUCCAAAAAUGAAGGGGAAAUGUGUGUGCGUCCUAUGGGGCCAAUGCAGGCUUUCGCUGAAGCCUGGAGAGUGAGAGGGGUUGGUGCGCACCGACCACUCUCGUUCUCCAGGCUUCGCGCAGCUCUCCGCAAGCUGUGGGAGCCUGCGCCGGGCUCCCGCGCCUUGCGGAGAGUUGCCUGCUCUGGGGGCUGGGGGCGGGGGAAGCUCGGGCUUCCCCCGCCCCAGCCCUGCGCCUGGGGGGGGGAAAUAAUCCCCCCCCUUUAUUUCCCCCCCCAAAAGACUAGGUGCGCCUUAUGGGACGGUGCGUCCUAUAGGGCGAAAAAUACGGUAUGUCUCCACGCCUCUGGCACUAUCCAGCGGGGAAGGAGCUUAGGAGAUAAUUUUCUGUGGGGGACCAACAACUUGGAUGGCUGUAAAAGAGGAUUAGAAGAGAGGACUAUGGAUGGGCUCCCAGCGAGGACGGCUCUGCUCUGCCUCCACAGACAGAGGCAGCAAUGUUCCUGAAUCCCAGUGGCUGGAAACCUCAGGAGGGGAGAGAGUUGCUCUUGUGUUUGAAUCCUGCUUUGGUUGGUUUCCCUUUGGUGCAUCUGGUCAGCCCCUGUGAGAACAGGAUGCUGGACUAGAUGGGCCCCUGGCCUGAUCCAGCAGAGUUCUUCUCAUGUUCUUGAGAUUGGACAGAAGGAGCAACACACACGCCCUGCCAAAUCCCUGCCUUGCCCUGGAGGUCUGGGCUGCUUGUUCCUCAGGUCUUAAGGGGGGUUUCCUCAUCUCUCCUGUCUUUCUCAGGAAGUUGGUUUGCGGCCCCAACGCCAUUGAAAUCGAAGUCCGCCCCAUCUGGAAAUUGCUCUUUAAAGAGGUAACGGGGGUCCCUUUAUUUUGGUUAUUUGUUAAAGUUACCUUAUUUUUCGCUCCAUAGGGCGCACCAGCCCCAAAGAGCAGCAUACAGGCUGUGACCAACCUCUCCCUUCCGGAGGGGUUGCGCGCGGCUGUGGCACAAGCCAAGAAAGCCAGCGGGAUGGAUCCCGCUCACUGUUUUGGCUUCCUCUUUAUGCCCGCGCAACCUCUCCCUGCCAGGAGAGGCUGCGCGGGGCUAAAGAGGAAGCCAUAGCCACGUGCAGCCUCUCCCUGCCAGAGGGGCUGUGCGCGGCUAUCCCUGAAGCCUGGAGAGCGAGAGGGGUCGGUGCGCACUGACGCCUCUCGCUCUCCAGGCUCCAGCGAAAGCAACACGAAGCCUUUGGAGCACGGAGGGAGCGCUCCCUCUGCGCUUCGGAGGCUUAGCGUUGCUAUCGCUGAAGCCAAGGAGCCUGCAUUUGCUCCAUAGGACGCACACACAUUUCCCAUCAAUUUUUGGAGGGGGAAAAGUGUGUCCUAUAGAGCAAAAAAUAUAUACCACUCUUCCUCCGAAGAUUGCAGGGAAAGAGGCAGCAGCCAUUGCAAUGGCAGGGUGGAUGGGUGGGAAGGUUGUGCUAAGGCUCCUGGAAAGACCUAUUUAUUUGUUGCGCCUUUUCCUCUGAGGAGCUCAUGGUGGUGCGCAUGGCUCUUGGGCCCCCACAACAACCCCGUGAGGUAGGCUAGGCUUAGAGAAGGCAGCGACUGGUCCCCAAGGUCACGCCCAGUGAGGAGCAUCAUCAUUUAUUAUUUCUACCCUGCCCAUUUGGCUGGGUUUCCCCAGCCACUCUGGGCAGCUUCCAACAAAAGAUUAAAAUUACAUUAAAACAUCAGGCAUUAAAAACCUCCCUAAACAGGGCUGCCUUCAGAUGUCUUCUAAAAGUCAGAGAGUUGUUUAUUUCCUUGACAUCUGGUGGAAGGGCGUUACACAGGGAGGGUGCCACCACCGAGAAGGCCCUCUGCCUGGUUCCCUGUAACUUGGCUUUUUGCAGGGAGGGAACCGCCACAAGGCCCUCAGAGCUGGACCUCAGUGUCCGGGCAGAACGAUGGGGGUGGAGAUGCUCCUUCAGUUACACUGGGCCGAGGCCGUUUAGCGGGGAUUCGAACCCUGGUCUCUCCUAGGUCCUAGUCCAGCAGUCUAACCCCUGCGCCACACUGCCUCUCUAGUUGGCAAGAGGCCCAGCAUGGAGUCCUGGGAUGCCCGUCGGUCAGAGACAGGCAGACUGAUGUUCUCUGCCCCAUGUUCUCUGCAGAUCCUGAACCCUUUUUACAUCUUCCAAACCUUCACGCUGACCCUCUGGCUGGUCCAGGGAUACAUCGAGUACUCCAUUGCCAUCAUCAUCCUGUCCGUCAUCUCUAUCGCCCUCACGGUGUACGACCUCCGACAGGUGAGUCUGCCACUCCUUUUGCCCUGGUCAGGGCUUCUCCUAACGUAGCUUUCCUCCACUCUUUCCUGGCACGGUUAAAGCUCCAUGUCCAAAUGCUCUUUUUGUGCUUGGUUGGUUUUUUUUUGCUCUGGAGAUUUCCCAGCAAAAAGCUGCUCUUUAAAGCCAAAUUGGAGCAAACAGCAGUCUGCGGAAAACCCCAAUGGCCAUUUGUUGAGCUUCAGUUUUAAAGAGUGAGUUUUCGCAGGGAAAGCUCUGGGGCAAAAAAGGGGGGGCACUCAGACACAGAACUUGAAAGCCUGGAACUCAGGACAAGAGGUCACUGCUGCCUUUAAUCCGUCAGAUUUGUAUAGAGCUUUAAUUCUAAGCAAAGGAUGGGAGUGCCUUAAGCCUCCUGGAAGACCUCGCCCUCUCUCACGCCGCAGGGCACCACCCUCUCAGAGGCACCUCUUCCACUCAGCCUUUGGUUUAUUUGACCAGCUUUUCUGCCUGGCUUUUCCCGUCCUGCUGACCCCCUUAGCCAUAUUGUGCCAGGGCUGAUGGAAGUUGCAUGAGAGAAAGUGGAAAGAGAACACUAAAAUGCAUGGGAAUGUUGGAAGAUUCAGGACGUUUCUAAAAAAAAAAAAAAAAUCCUGCUUCACACAGCAUAUGGUUAAACUGUGGAACUCCCUGCCACAAGGUUUCCCACAGUCACCUGGUUGGCCCCUGUGAGAACAAGAUGCUGGACUGUGAGAACAAGAUGCUGGUCCAGCAGGCUCUCCUUUUGCAUGUGAUUGAAUUUUACUCACUAGAGAGGAGCCAACUGGAAGGCCCCCCCAGACCAGCCUUCCCUGCUCAGACAUGCCCAGCGCCUAAGUCUCUUCUUUCCGCAGCAAUCAAUCAAGUUGCACAACCUGGUGAAGGAGCACAACAAGGUGGAAGUCCUGGCCUGGACCAAGAGUGAAGGUGUGUGGGUGUGUGUUUGUAUUGGGGUCCUGAGACAGCUGCCUUCUUCUCCUGCCCCACAGCCUCCCCUUCCUCUCCCAGCACUAUCCUGCUUCCCCAUCUCCCCACACGGGGCAGCCUCAAGGCCUUUAAAGGAAGGGUUCCCAAACUCUUCUGGGCCACCCGGGGCCGGAUUUACGUAUAAACUAAACAAGCUGUAGCUUAGGGCCCCACUCUCUUGGGCCCCCAAAAAAAUUUAAAGGGGGGAAAAACUGGAUGUACAGUUCCAAAAUAAAAGAUAAAAAGCAAAUACAGUGGUACCUGUAUUGUUCCGGAGGCCCGUUCGCAACAUGAAAAGAGUGCAACCUGAAGUGCCGUAUCUGCGCAGGUGCACGGUGCAAUUUAGCGCUUGUGUGCAUGCGCGAGUGGUGAAACCUGGAAGUAACCCUUUCCAGUACUUCCGGGUCGCCGUGGGAUGUAACCUGUAAGAACAUAAUAUGAAGCAAACGUAACAUUGAGGUAUGACUGUACAGUGGUCCCUCGGUAUAUGAACUUAAUCUGUUCCGGAAGUCUGUUCUUAAAUCAAAACCGUUCUUAAACCGAGGCACUCUUUCCCGAAUAAGGCCUCCCGCCGCCAGUGCCCUUCUACCAUUCAGAUUCCGUCCUUAAACCAAGGUAAAGUUUGCAAACCAGGACACUACUUCCAGUUUUGCUGAGUUUGUAAACCGAAUCGUUCGUAAACAGGACUUUUCUUAAACCGAAGGACCACAGUAAAAUAAAACCUACAUACAGCAACAGUGUUUUGUGUUGUGUGGGCUCCUAUUUAUUAUGUGCAAAUGGCUUUAGAUACCUAUUAGGUCCAUAAAUUAAUAUAUAGCACAUAUUCAGCAUAAAAAACAGCAGCAAUUUGUUGUUGACAAAGGACAGCUGGACAUAUACAGGGCCUCAUUACCUUCAGUAGCUCAGGACCUCAUUAAACCUAAAUCCGGCCCUGGGGCCACCCCCCCCUUAGUUCCAUUAAAUCCAAAAACAGAUUGGAAAACUGGGCCCAAACCAGGAAAUAAUAAUAAUAAUAAUAAUAAUAAUAAUAAUAAUCAUGACAGCCUGUCUUUUCCCCUGAAAUGAAUUUCAAUAGGGACAAGCAUAAGGUUCUAUCCAGACUUUUAGGCCCAGCUCAGCGCUUUAAAGCUCUGUGCUUGAGCGGUUGCUGUUGUUGUUUGUUCCGGCACUUUUCCUGGGAAACCUGCGCUUUAACAGAGCCCCUUUUCCUGCAGGGAGCUGCAAGGUGGAAUCCUGCCAGCUGGUCCCAGGAGAUGUCCUUCUCUUGGAAAGCCAGAAGUUUUCUCUGCCCUGCGAUGCCAUCCUGAUAGAAGGGAGCUGCGUGGUCAACGAGGGGAUGCUCACAGGUACGCAGAACUGUCCUGGCCUCCCUUUGCCCUUCUCCCACGCCCUCCUUCUGCCCGCUCUGCUUUCUUUCUCACGCAGAUGAAGGGAUUUGGAGGGAGGCGGCCUGAAAGGUAAAUUUAAAAGGGGGGGGCAGGUAAAUUAAACUGUGGAACUCUCUCCAGCAGGAGACAGUCAUUUGGCCACUAAAUAGAAUGGUUUUAGAAGAGGAUGGCGCAAUCUCAUGCCGGGGGAGAGGGCUAUAAGUGGUUCUACUCUGCCCCCACAGUCAGAGGCAGCGAUGCUUCUGGAUCUCAGUUGCCAGAGGAAAGAGGGUGAUUGUGCUCAGAUCCUGCUUGCCCGUUUCCCAUUGGGGCAUUUGAGACCUUCGGGUGUAGGGAAAUAAAAAAUAAAAACAAACAUUUGGAUGGCCCCUGUGAAAACAGGAUGCUGAACUGGAUGGGGAUAUUUUCACCCCCUCCCAUUGCAAGAAUCUCCUGAUGUUUUCAGAAAGGAGGGGGCGGAAACUGUUGAUUUAAAGCAGAGUCUGGUGCCCAGCGGAAGGAUGAGGAGUACGUGCUGCAUACUCUAUAUUGCUUUAUUUACAGUUCAAAGCUGGUAUAUUACAGAAAGACAUCUUGCCUCUGCCGGAGCAGAAAAUGCAUCCUCUCUCCUCGACAGCUCGGAGAGAAUCACACAGUGAAAAAACAGGAAACCAGUGUACGUCACAUCCAGCCUCCCUUUCCCGUGAGAAACUCCAACAGUACAGACUGUGGAAUGUAAACACCUUUCUCGUGACAAGCCCUUUCGCUGCACAGUGAAGGAAAGCAGAAACCAACAUCCUCCCCCUUUCUGUGAACAUCACUGGGCAGCGUGUUUGUACAAUAUCAGUACAAACCCAACUUCUGCACAUAGGUACAGUGUUGAUCCCUCGAUACAAUCUUGGACAAUACAUCAGCAGGAAUUUCAUUACCUGGCAUAUAGGACACCGUUACGAGUCCCUUCUGAAUACAUUCCCUAGCAUGCUGCAACUUUAAUUGCAAGUGCUUUGUGCUUUGCUUACAACCUUCAGACUUCAGCAAAGCCAAACAUGCUUUGUUGUCCUGGUAAACCUGGAUUGGACAUUUGACAGGAAUUUUCAUAUCUUUGCACAAUUGUACUAACCAUUCACAAUCCUUAAGUGAAUAAGACAGUGCAUUCAGUUCGGCUUCACAAGUACUUAAGCUAACUGUUGUUUGCUUCUUGCAUGACCAAUCAAACAGACUCUGAUUGUACAUGUAGCAAACUCCAGACGUACUUUUCCUGUCUGUAGCGUCACUUCCAAAACUUGCAUCUGCAAAUAUCUCAAGACCACCAGACUUCUGAUUGUUAAAUCUCAGUCUGUAAUGCAUAGUGCCUUUCAAAUACCGCGCUAUGCGUUUCAGAGCUUUCCAAUGCUUGACACUAGGAUUGUUGACUUGUCUGCUUAGCAAAUUACAGCUAACAGCAAUGUCUGGUCUUGAACAUCUGGCAAUGAAGUUUAGCUUGCCUAGCACACUCCUGUACAGUGUAGUGUCAGAAAAUGCUUCUUCAGUGUCAUCUACCUGAUAACCUGUUGUCAUCGGUGUGUUUACAGGGUUAGCAUCCAUCAGAUUUAGUUUGCUUAACACAUCAGCAAUUUUCCGUGACUGGUGUACUAGAAUGUUACCAUCUUGAUCUCUCUCUAUUUCCAGAGAUAGGUAGUUGUUUACCUCACCAAGAUCUUUCAUGUCAAAGUGCUCUUUCAGUUGAGCUAGGGCGCUAUUGUACAUUGCAACAUCUUUCCAAAAGAAUAAUAAAUCAUCAACAUAAAACAAACAGUACAGUUUCUUUUGCCCCUCCUCUUGACAAAUACACAUGGAUCAGCUUUCCUUGCUGAAAACCUAGAGAAAACAAUACUUCAGUGAGUUUUGUGUGCCAACACCGUGCACUUUGUUUGAGACCAUAAAGGGAUUUCUUCAGAGCACAAACAAAUCCCUGUUUUACCUGUACGCCAUCAGGUGGAAGCAUAUAAAGUGAUUCAUCUAGAGAUCCGUACAGAAAAGCUGUAUUAAUAUCAUGGUGACUAAUGUGUAGAUUUUCCUCUGCAGCUAGCUUAAGCAUAAGCCUAAUGCUUUCAUAUCUCACUGUGGGUGAAUAGGUCUCGUGAUAGUCUUGACCUGGUACCUGUGCAAAACCUCUGGCUACCAAUCUGGCUUUGUGUCUGACUAUCUUGCCAUUUUGAUCUGUCUUCGCUUUGAAGACCCAUUUGCUUCCAAGCAGUUUCAUUCCUGGAACUACUGGAACUAGCUCCCAUGUUUUGUUCCUUUCUAAGGAAUCAAGCUCAGCCUUCAUGGCAUUUAACCAUGGCUCAGCUUCCUUUGAAUCCAAACCCUGGAUUUCUUGGAAACUUGAAGGUUCAAAUACAGUGGUACCCCGCAAGACGAACGCCUCGCAAGACGGAAAACCCGCUAGACGAAAGGGUUUUCCGUUUUGGAGGCGCUUCGCAAAACGAAUUUCCCUAUGGGCUUGCUUCGCAAGACGACAGCCCAUAGGAAAUCUCAGGGACAGCGGGGAAGCGCAGCGCGUCUUCCCACUGUCCUCGGACCUCCUCCGAAGCCUGGCGGCGGGGCGGGGACACCUCCUCCCGCCGCCGCCGGGCUCGGAAGGCUCCUCCGGCCGGGCGGGGGAGGGAACACUCAGCCGCCGCCGCCCGGCUUCGGAACGGUGCCCGGCCGGGCGGGGGAGGGAAGACCUCCGCCGCUGCCCGGCUCGGAACGGUGCUCCGGCCGGGCGGUGGGGAGGGAAGACCUCCGCCGCCGCCCGGCUCGGAACGGUGCCCGGCCGGGCGGGGGAGGGAACACCUCCGCCGCCGCCCGGCUUCGGAACGGUGCCCGGCCGGGCGGGGGAGGGAAGACCUCCGCCGCCGCCCGGCUUCGGAACGGUGCCCGGCCGGGCGGGGGGAGGGAAGACCUUCUGAAGGCGGGCGGGGGCGAAAGUCCUUGCUCCCCUGCCUGCCUGUCCCGGAGGGCUUUUGAAGGCGGGGAGCAAGACUCGCCCGCCCGCCUUCAGAAGAGGUCCAGGACCUCUUCUGAAGGCUGGCGGGGGCAAAGUCUUUGUCCCCCUGCCUGCCUUCCCAGGGGCUUUAAUUGCCCCGGACAGCGGAGAAGUCCUCCGCUGUCCCGGGUGAUUUUAAAUGCCGCCCGCCAGCAUUUUAAGAUCGCCCGGACAGCGGAGAAGUCCUCCGCUGUCCCGGGUUUUUAAAAUGCUGGGGGUGGGAAGAAAGCCCUUGCCCCCCCAGCCUUCAGAAGAGGUCCGGGGACAGACUGUCCCCGGACCUGGUCUGAAGGCGGCUUCCUAGGAACGCAUUAAUUGAUUUUCAAUGCAUUCCUAUGGGAAACCGUGCAUCGCAAGACGAAAAACUCGCAAGACGAAGAGACUUGCGGAACGAAUUAAUUUCGUCUUGCGAGGCACCACUGUACCUUCUUGGAGCUUUUAACAGCUGUUACUGCUAUCGUAGCAAACUCAUCAGCAAAUCUCUUUGCAGGUUUGCUUUUUGUGGCUCUCUGUGACCUACGAAUUAGCCUUAAGUCUUCAACACUCUCCUCUUCCUUCUUAGGAGAAAAACGACCUAUUGUGAACAAUGGUUCCUCCAAUUCUUGAUCAGAGCUUUCAGAGGGUCGCAUAGAGGCUUUCGCACUCUCGAAAUCCUCUGAAUCACCCGAUUCAGUUUCAGAUUCAGACUCAGAACCUUCAUCAGUGGGUGUGGGCUGUUGUGGUUGCUUUUGACUAUCCUCAGUCUCAUCACCGUCAUCAGGAUAACAUUGGAAAAUUCCCACAUUCUCCCCCACUUUGCAUUGUACUCAACACUUCUCGUGAGCUUAAUUGUCUUAGAGUCAGUCAUCAUUAUUCUGUAAGACCCUUUCUGAUAACCUAGAAAGAUACCAUGCAAUCCACGCUUGUCUAACUUGGAGUUUUGUGGUGAGCGAACCCACAUGUCAGAACCAAAAUCUUCAUGUGUUUGAUGUAUGGCUUCUGCCAAACAUCUUCUCAUAGGGGUACAACCAAUCGCUGAAGAUAACCUGCGAUUGUAACUGUAAACAAAACACGAGAGAGAUUCGGCCCAAUAACUCUCUGGAAGAUUGGCAUCAUGCAGCAAGGUUUUUAACCCUUGAAGCAAUGUCUGAUUUGCCUGCUCCGCAAGUCCAUUCUGCCAUGGCGAGCGAGGACUAGACAAAUCGUGUUGAAUUCCUUUCUCAGUCAGAAAAGCUUCAAACUGCUGAGAAGUGAAUUCCCCGCGAUCACUGAAAAGAGUCUUUAUCUUCUUACCAUGCACAUUUUCCAACCAAGCACAGAAUUCCUUGAACCUAGGAAAAGCCUCCGAUUUCUGCUUGAGAUUGUACACAAAAAUAUAUCUAGAAAAUGCAUCAAUGAGAACCAUGAAGUAUCUAUUUCCACCCAAAGAGGGCGCUAGUGGUCCAACCAAAUCAGCAUGAACAACCUGGUAUGGUUCUGUAGCUUUCCUACUAGACACCUUACCUUUCGCAGCCAUUUUCACCUUGUUUGCUGCGCAUGCUUUGCACUUCAUGUGGUACCUGCAGGGUUUAAUAGUCAUACCUUCAACCAAGGCAGGCAUUUUAGAUACUGCCUCAAAAUGCAAAUGACCAAAUUUUCUAUGAAAAUCGUGAAUACAUUCUGCAUGCAAACUUUUGUUAGAACCUGCAAUGCAACAAGUGUCAUCCUGCACCACAUCAUCAUAAUACAAAACAAACAAACGAUCAACAUAUUCUGCAUGCAAUACAUAAUCAUUUUUCUUUGUGAUGAUGCACUUCUUGUUCUUGAAGGAAACGUCAAUGUUCCGCUCAUUCAGCUGUCCAACGCUGAGCAGAUUAUGUUUGGCGUCUGGCACGUAAAGCACAUUCUGUAUCGAUAAGUCCAAACUGUGAAGAACAACAGUUCCGUAGCCUUUACUGGGAAUAGUGUGGUCAUCCGCCUGGUGAAUCGCACCUUCCUGCGGUGUAAAAGACACAAACAGUUUCUUAUCGUUGCACAUGUGGUGGGUCGCCGCUGAAUCAACAACGAAGAAAGAUCUAGACGUCUUCUGGACCUCUGCAACCUUUGGAGUGAAGCGUGAAACCAUAGCCUUGUGCUGCGUUGUCCUAGACACCGGACCUUUGCCUUUGCCUCGGCCUUUUCCGCGCGAUGAGCUUCGCUGCGCUGCUCUGUCUUGGCCCUGGGAUGUCUGCAUCCCUCUUCAUAUGGCCUAGACGUCCACACGCGUAGCAUUUCACUGCCUUCAAAGCUUUGGCGCCAUCUGGUGGUUCCACUGCACUAUGGGAUGACGUCUGUGAAGACUCCCUUGCCCAUGCAGCUAGCACCCCGGCGAUCUGCUUCAUUUAAAAUCACGGCAGUAACAAAGUCCACUGUCAGCUGAGCAGUUGGUUGCACAGCAAUCUGGGUUGCAACAGACUCCCAACCUGAACCCAAAGAUUGUAGUAUCAUGAAAGAAUACACAGCCUCUGGAAAGUUGAGUCCUCUCUGUUGCAGCUCAUGUCUCAGAUUUUGCAUCUCCAUCAGAUGUAAACGCACAUCUCCACCUUCAGCAAGAGCCAUAUUAUGCAGCUUGUUAAAGUAAAACAUAGUGGAUCCAGCUUCUGUCCUUAAGUGAGCCUCUCUCAAAGCGUCCCAAAUUUCUCUGGCUGAGGUCUUAUCACGCAAUAGACAGAGCUCUUCUGGGGAUACUAUCAAUGUAAGAGUUCCCUUGCUUUGGAAUCCUUAGCUUCCCAUGCAUCUGUAACUGGAACUGGGGGGGUUCCUGUAAUCACCUCAAACAAACCCUCUUUCCGCAGAAUUGCCUCUGCAUACAGAACCCAGUCGGCAUAAUUUUUCUUGUUGAGCUUAGGAAUCCCACAAGCAUCCUGAAGGGCCAUCAUGACUCUGGCAUUAGCCUUCAGCGUCAUAUAUGCUGCUUUAAAUCUUGCUGCGUCACUGCUGCAGCUGCCUUAUUCCAAAAGCGCACUUAAAAGUUACUUCGAUUUCCCCAGCAUAGUGACUUGUGCCUGGGAGCCUUUUGCCUAUUCCCGGCAAAACCGGCUUUAAAGGUUCAAAGUCCAGCCAUAAAGCCAUUAACUUGAAGCUGGCAGGCUGCCCGGAGCAGUAGCACAUACCUCAUCAAUCACCUCUACGCGCAGAGCAGAUUCCGUUCCGAUCUGUUCCUCUGCAUUCCGAUCCUUUGCCGGCACUCCGAUUCGACUUCUGGAGCCCAUAACCACGUGUUGAUUUAAAGCAGAGUCUGGUGCCCAGCGGAAGGAUGAGGAGUACGUGCUGCAUACUCUAUAUUGCUUUAUUUACAGUUCAAAGCUGGUAUAUUACAGAAAGACAUCUUGCCUCUGCCGGAGCAGAAAAUGCAUCCUCUCUCCUCGACAGCUCGGAGAGAAUCACACAGUGAAAAACAGGAAACCAGUGUACGUCACAUCCAGCCUCCCUUUCCCGUGAGAAACUCCAACAGUACAGACUGUGGAAUGUAAACACCUUUCUCGUGACAAGCCCUUUCGCUGCACAGUGAAGGAAAGCAGAAACCAACAGAAACUGCUCUUCGCUUCUUCCACUCCUGCCUGACUCUGUGGGAGUCUCUGUGUUAUCUAUGUAGAGAUGAGACAGUUGUGGGUCCAGUGCACUUAGACCUGCUUUCCAGGAGUGGAAGGUCUCUGGAAGUGCUCCAGUUCGCCUAGUCCAGUUGGGGCAGAUCCAGAUAUGGAGCCAAGUCAUUGGCAUCGGCUCAAAGGCGUACUGACACUUCUUACUUUCUUAUGUACCAUAUUUUUCGCUCUGUAGGAUGCAACCGACCAUAGGACGCACCUUGUUUUAGAGGGGGAGAACAAGAAAAAAAAUUCUCCCGCUCUCUGCACAGCGUCCCUUCAGCGAAGCGGCAGGAGAAAUGGAGCCCCUUCCAUUUCUCCUCCCCUUUAGCUGAAAGGGCGCUGCACAGCUCUCCCUCUCCCACAUUGCCUUCUCCUUCAGCGAAGGCAACCCGAAGCCUCCAGAGCGCAGCGGGAGUUCCUUUGGGUUCCUUUCACUAUCUUUGAAGCCUGGACCCCUCUUGCUCUCCAGGCUUCAGCAAAAGCAUCGCGAAAACUCCGGAGCGCGGCGGGAGCGCUCCCUCUGCGCUUCGGAGGCUUUGCGUUGCUAUCGCUGAAGCCAAGGAUCCUGGAUUCACUCCAUAAGACGCACACACAUUUCCCCUUAAUUUUUGGAGGGGAAAAUGUGCGUCUUAUAGAGCGAGAAAUACGGUACAGCCUUUUCGGCCGAGGGGAACACAGCAUUCAUGGGCACCAUCCCCUUGGCAGCUCCUUCCGCUCUCUGCAGUGCCACCUCAGUGUGUGCCAUUGCAAUGAAGACAACGCUCUUCCCUUGCCUGGCCCCACCUUGGUUUUCUUCCCCUUGUAUCUCAUUGCCGUUUCUAAGCUCCUUGGGGCAGGGCCUCCUUUGAAGCGCUGUGCAUGUUGAUGGUUCUGUGCAAAGUAAUCACCAUCAUUAGUAAUAAUCCAUGCAUACUGAUUCAAGCUGCAAGAAAGGCAGUUUUGCCUAGACAUUAGGAAGAACCUAUUCUGGUUCUUCAAGAUCCUGUUUGGUGGCGGAACGGUUUCCUUCGAGAGAUGGUGGACUCUCCUUCCUUGGAGGUUUCUAAGCAGAGCUUGGGGGGCCAUCUGUCUUGGAUGCUCUAGCCGAGAUUUCAGCCUUGCCGGGGGUUGGACUGGAUGACUCUGGGGGUCCCUUCCAACUCCACGAUGCCGUGAUUCUGUGGUGAUGUCCACUGAGCAGGUGGGAUUUGGGCUGCAUUUGCAGGCGAAAGCGUUCCCGUGAUGAAGACCCCCUUGCCCCAGACGGACAACACCAAGCCCUGGAAAGUUCACAGCGUGGAAGACUACCGCCGACACGUCCUCUUCUGCGGCACAGAGGUCAUCCAGACCAAGCGAGCCGGAAAAGGCCCCGUCAGGGCCGUCGUGCUACAGACAGGUGAGUCAAGCAGCUGUUGUGUGAAAAAAACUGCCCCCUUUCCCUUAUGGGGUAUGCAGGAGCCCCAUAGAGUCCUUUGUAGGUUCUCCAUUGGUUGGAGAAAAUAACAGAGGUCAGGCAGAGAAUAUUGAGAAGCAAAGCAGCUAGUAAGCCUGAUCUUUAUUGAACUGUUGCAACGGGGUCCCUACUCACCCCACGCAGGAGGGAGGAGAGAACCCAGAACAUUGGUGUGCAAGCCCUUAUAUAGACUUUUGAAAUUCCCCACCCUGGAGCCCAAGACCACCCCCCAAAACAUCAUACAUGCCUCGCAGAAAGAGGUGGUCCCCAGCAGAAACUGGAGUGUGUUGCUUCUCUCCUGUCUGCCAGGAUACCUGAUCCUGCCUAAUCUGAUUGCCUUUUCUGGGUAGCCUGGCCAUUCCUUGGAGAUGGUAAAUCCUUAGUUCCUGAAUCUCUUACGCAUAUUGAGAGUGUGCUCAGCUUCACAGAUACUUGCCAGACUGUAUUUACAGCGAGGUGUAAGCAGCCCCUACAAUUGGAAAGCUUUCCCCAUUUCCUUCCUCCUUACAAACACUAUAUGUACUGUUUCAGACACUAUACUUACGCAUGUGUGUUUCCCUUGUACAUUUAUGAACAUUUAUUUUUAUAUAUACCAUAUUUUUCACUCUAUAAGAUGCACCCGACCAUAAGACACACCUAGUUUUUAGAGGAGGAAAAAAAGAAAAAAAAUAUUCUGAAUCAAAUGUUGUUGAAGAGGCUUUGCACGGUUAUCAAUCCCUCUUGCUGUUCUGGCUUCUGGGAUAGCUGCGCAGCCUGCAUUCACUCCAUAAGACGCACACACAUUUCCCCUUACUUUUUAGGAGGGAAAAAGUGAGUCUUUUAGAGCGAAAAAUACGGUGUGUGUGUGUGUGUGUGUAUGACCUUAGAAUUCCUAUAACACAGCUUUGUGAUUUUGCACCUCUUUAAGGUAGGGAGAUGGGUGACCCUGAGUGCGGGGGAGGGGGGGAGAGGAGAGAAAAAUCGAAGCUAUUUUUGCAAUUAGGACUCUUGCCUGUUGGUCCCUGGGAAGGUCAUGGCCUCCCUUUUCCCUUCCUUCAUGCCCUCCUUCUGCCCCCCCCCGGUUUCUUUCUCAUGCAGAUGAAGGGAUUUGGAGGGAGGCGGUUUUGCAGGUGACAGGGGUGUGGUGGUGGGGGGUGGAAAGUUAAACUAUGGAACUCUUCCUGAAGUGAAGCGUGACUCUCCUUUCUUGAAAGUUGAUGGUGCAUGUGAUGAAUGCAUGCAAAAUCCUAAAUUGAGCUUGUCUCACCUGGUGCCAAGAGGAAGCGCUUUGCUUUUGAAAACUAAUAAUAGCAUCCAGGGAGGCGGGAGAAUGCAGACCUGCAGGUUGUGUCAAAGAGCCUCUUCUCCAGGCCUGAUUCUGGUGCCCCAAAAAGGGUAACCGUGUCUUGGGCAGCUCAGUGAUAAGCGAAACCUUUAUCGUCAGGAGUAUUCAGUCUGCUCUGUGGAGCGGGAAGGGAGUUCACUGGCAUCCAGGAACGAGAUGGGUCCUUUUCCAUGGCCUUGUUGUGGCCUUUCCACCCCCAUCGUCCAGCUCAGACACUGAGGUCCAGCUCUGAGGGCCUUCUGGCGGUUCCCUCCCUGCGAGAAGUGAGGUUACAGGGAACCAGGCAGAGGGCCUUCUCAGUGGUGGCACCCACCCUGUGGAAUGCCCUCCCUUCAGAGGUCAAGGAGAUGAGUAAUUAUAUAACAUUUAGGAAACAUCUGAAAGCAGCCCUGUGUUGGGAGGUUUUUAAUGUUUGAUGUUUUUAUUAUGUUUUUAGAUGUGCUGUAAGUUGCCCAGGGUGGUUGGGGAAACCCAGCCAGGUGGGCAGGGUAUAAAUAAAUAAACAAAUAAAUAAUGAUGCUGCUGAUGAUGAUGGCAGGAGAUGCAUGUCUGGCCCCCCACAGCCAACUCUGUGGGCUCUCCCCACCUGCCUCCCGGUGGCUGGUUAUCACGCAAGAGGAUUAGAACUCUUCCAAUACUUGGAGAGGGACGCGGGUGGCGCUGUGGGUUAAACCACAGAGCCUAGGACUUGCUGAUCAGAAGGUCAGCAGUUCGAAUCCCCGCGACGGGGUGAGCUCCCGUUGCUCAGUCCCUGCUCCUGCCAACCUAGCAGUUCGAAAGCGCGUCAAAAUGCAAGUAGAUAAAUAGGUACCGCUCUGGCGGGAAGGUAAAAGGCGUUUCCGUGCGCUGCUCUGGUUCGCCAGAAGCGGCUUAGUCAUGCUGGCCAGAUGACCCGGAAGCUGUACGCCGGCUCCCUUGGCCAGUUGGUCACGACUGGACCUAAUGAUCAGGGGUCCCUUUACCUUUACCUUACCGAUAUCUGGAAGGAGGAGCAAGCCUUCUUUCUGCUGAUCCAGAGAAUGGAAGCUGAACCAAAGGAUUUAGGCUGCAAGAAAGGGGGUCCCCGCUCAACCACAGAAAGAACUUUUGGAGGGUGAGAGCUGUUCCACAGUGGAAGGGUCUCCCUCGGAAGGUGGGGGCCUCUCCUUCCUUGGAGGGUUUAAAGCAGAGCUUGGACGGCCAUCUCUCAGGGAUGCUUUAGCCGAGAUUCCUGCAUUGCAGGGGGCUGGACUAGAGGACCCCCGUGGUCCCUCCCCACUCUAUGACUCUAUUGCUGGGAAAGUGUGCCUGCCCUCUGGGUUCCUUCCAAGUCAUUGUUCUUAGAGCUAGUUUCAUAUGAGGCUGUUUCUGGGACCGCAGGCGCAUGCCAUCUUACACACUCCAAAGCCAUAAGAAAUCCAGUCAUAGACACCUUUAUUAGAAUCACUGAACUAUAGAGGGUUGUCUGGUCCAACCCCCUGACAGACGGCCAGCUGCGCUUGGGCUCCGUGGAGCUUCCUCCAGAGUAAGCACGCAGAGGAUUGCAGCCUAAAUCCGAGCGCAAGAAGGAUGGAAUGUGGGGCUCUUACCUUGAAUGCCAAGUUCUCUGGGAAGCCAAAGGACAAGGCGUGGAGAUAACUCCUUGGGCCGAGUCUGUGUCCUGCGUUCGAGUGUCGCCCAUGCCACGUUUUGCUGCAGGUUUCAACACCGCCAAGGGAGACCUGGUGAGGUCCAUCCUUUACCCGAAGCCCCUGAACUUCCGCCUCUACCGAGAAGCCUUCCGCUUCAUCGUGGGCCUGGCUCUGAUCGGCAUCCUGGGGCUGGUCUACACCAUCGGGGUGUACGUGAGCCGCAAGGUGAGUCUCGGAGAGACAGCACGGUCUAGUGGUUAGAGUUCUGGGCUAGGACCCAAAUCCCCAUUGGGCUGUGACGCCCACUGGUUGGGACCUUUUCUCUGCCUCUCCUACCUCACAAGGCUGGAUCAGGAGGGGCUCCUUGAGUAGCCUGGAGGGAAAGGUGGGUUUGAAUGCAAUGAAUUAAUAGAUGGGGCUGGGCGGGGGGCUUGGACCGAGCCCCUUAAGGCAGAAGGGCAUGGCCGACCCGCUGACCACAUCUGCCCGGUGUGUGUUUGUGUCCUCCCAGCAACCCGUCUCGGACACGGUGACCAUGGCGCUCCUCCUCAUGACGGUCGCGGUCCCUCCGGCCAUUCCGGCCGCCUUGACCACCGGCAUCGUCUACGCCCAGAGGAGGCUGAAGAAGAAGAAGAUCUUCUGCAUCAGCCCUCAGAGGAUCAACAUCUGCGGGCAGAUCAACCUGGUGUGCUUCGACAAGGUGCCAUCUGUGGGGAAUGCCCUUGGGGUUUCAAAGUCCAAAUCGGAACAGACUUUGUCCUAAAACGGGAGAGUUGGAAGGGAUCCUAAGCGUCAUCUGCCGCAAUCCCUGACGGAGGGACACCCCAAGUCUGCUUGAAGCCCCCCAAGGAAGGAGAGACUUGGAAUCUCUUUUCUUGUAGUUUGAAUCCUUUGGUUCUGGUAAUGCGGUAAUUUGGGUUUCAGGCACUGAACUUUCGCCAAUGAAUUGCAGGGUAGAGCCCAGAGAGUACACUUUGCCCUGGGACACAAACUUUAUAGGGAAAAUAUACAUCAUUUUGGCUCUUUCAUCCUCUUCCCAACCUCUGUCUGCCACCCCAUCAUCUCUCAUCCAACCAGUUCUUGGAAACACUUUCUCAACCCCUUUUUUAAAAAAUGUACACGCAGAGCCCUCCUUGCUCCUUAUCAGGAGUUGUUUCUCAUUCCUAACCUUCAAGCAUUAACAGUUUGGGGGUCUGGCCGCACUCUUGGGUUCGUGACUCUGGCCUUGCUGGUAAUGGGUUUUACAGAAUUUCUACCUCAGGCCCCAGGAGGGACCAUGGCUUUGUACAGCGGUCAGCAACCUUUUUCAGCCGUGGGCUGGUCCACCAUCCCUCAGACCUUGUGGUGGGCCAGACUAUAUAUUGGGGGGGAAAUUGAACAAAUUCUUCCCCAGCCACUCUGGGCGGCUUCCACAAAGACCCAAAAUACACUAAGAUGUCACACAUUAAAAACUACCCUGAACAGGGCUGCCUUAAGAUAUCUUCUGAAUGUCAGGUAGUUCUUUAUCUCUUUGACAUCUGAUGGGAGGGCAUUCCACAGGGCAGGCGCCACCACCGAGAAGGCCCUCUGCCUGGUUCCCUGUAGCUUUGCUUCUCGCAAUGAGGGAACCGCCAGAAGGCCCUCAGCGCUGGAUCUCAGUGUCCAGGCUGAACGUUGGGGGUGGAGACGCUCCUUCAGGUACACUGGGCCGAGGCCGUUUGGGGCUUUAAAGGUCAGCACCAACACUUUGAAUUGUGCUUGGAAACGUACUGUAGGUCUUUCAGGACUGGUGUUAUGUGGUCUCGGUGGCCGCUCCCAGUCACCAGUCUAGCUGCUGCAUUCUGGAUUAGUUGUAGUUUCCAGGUCACCUUCAAAGGUAGCCCCACGUAGAGCGCAUUGCAGUAGUCCAAGUGGGAGAUAACCAGAGCAUGCACCACUCUGGCAAGACAGUCUGCGGGCAGGGAGGGUCUCAUCCUGCGUACCAGAUGGAGCUGGUAGACAGCUGCCCUGGACACAGAUUUGACCUGCGCCUCCAAGGACAGCUGUGAGUCCAAAAUGACUCCCAGGCUGUGCACCUGGUCCUUCCGGGGCACAGUUGCCCCAUUCAGGGGUAACUGCCUUGAAGCCUUUGGAAACCCCCAGAGGCACCCUGUGGGUGCCAAGAAUGCUUCACGCCUCCAGCGCUUUCAUUCCUGGGAGGUUUCUAGUCCUCAGGAGUUCUUUCCUCAAGGCUCAGCGGCACCCAGGGGCUGGGCUUCCACUGGGCAAGGGAGAAGGAAGCUUGCGCCCCACGGAGAGCUUCCCGGUUCCCCCAGGGGCCUUCCCGUCUCUCUCUGCCCCCCUCCCCGCUUUGUGGGUCCAUCCCUCGCCUUCACCCACCCACAAGGAGAUCUGUGCCUGAGCUGCCCUGUGAUGCUUGAGCUGAGCGUCGGGGCCUCCGCCUUCUGACCAGGGAUGCCCUGUGUCUGUUUCCCCCCACCUAGACUGGCACGCUGACAGAGGAUGGCCUGGAUCUGUGGGGCGCCGUCCCCUGCGAAAAGAGGAGGUAAGCCCCCUAGAAUGGUAGCGUUGCAAAGGGAAGUUGUGGUUGUGGUUGUUGUAUCCCAGUGAUCAUCUGGUCCAACUCCCCGGGGUGGCCAGAAAAUUCCUUUUAAGUAAACCUGAAUACGGAGAGAUUAAUGAAGAAGCGCUGCCCAGCCAAGGGGGCUGCAAAGCCUCAGGCACAAAGUGCGGCCUCUGCUUGGCUCCAGCCCCAGACGGAGAGGGAGGGGGGGGGUUGCUGCUGUCCAGCUUCCUGCUGCCAAGGAGAGGCUUUGGGGAAAUCUAGCAAGCCAGCCCUGCUCCUUUGCAGAUUCCGGCAGCAGAGAACAGUGGAAGGUUUAGUCCUCUUGGCAGCACCUGCUUUGGGGACGGCAGCAGAUUCAUUUCAGAAGUCUUAAAUACAAAAGGUUAAGGUGCCAACAGCCCAUCUAGUCCAGCAGCACAAUAAUCAAUAUUCCUUCCUUCCUUCCUUCCUUCCUUCCUUCCUUCCUUCCUUCCUUCCUUCCUUCCUUCCCUCCCUCCCUCCUCCUCCUCCUCCUCCUCCUCCUCCUCUUCCUCCCCCUCCUCCUUCCUCUCCUUCCUCCUCCUCUUCCUCCCUCCUCUCCUUCUCCUCCUCCUCCUCCUCCUCCUUCUACACCCCUUUGGCUCAGCGCCCUGUUCAAGGGAAGCCCUAAAUCUUGUUCUGAAGGAGCCACUGUGUGUUUGGCCUCUGGAACGAAAGGAUUAAGGAGGUUAUGUUGACAGUUUCCAACAAGGGCCAAUUGUUUGUGGAGUAAAGAUGGGUGUGGAGGGGGUGAGCAGUGACUGGAUGGCGGAUUUAGGUGCUCCAAAAGCCUUCCUCCCCCUAACUUGGACCUCCUUCCUGGGAGACCAGUGAGAAAGAGAGAGAUGGAAAGGUUUCUGGUCGGAUAGCACAGCUGGAGGCAGGAGCGCUUGCUGGAAACCACAGGAGGGGAAAGGACUCUUGGGUUGGACUAGAUGAUCCAUGAAAACAAGAAAAUCAAGAAAAAAUUACAAUACUUCAAAACAUUACAAAACGUUAAAAUGCUGAAAGAACAAGCAACAAGCACAUCAGCAUUUCUGAGCCUCUGAUUCAGGGAAAUCUCUCCAGUGGGGAAAGCAGACAUUUUGCAUCCUUCCUUGGCCUGUGGGUGGACUAAACUUCAUUUUUACUGCUCCCUUUUCCUCGCCCCUGACCUCCAGUCUUAUCUUUUCAUAGACCACUCUGAGGGUUUGCUGUUCUUGGUUUUUUUGCAAUAAAACAAUGUACAAAUUUUAUGAAACAAAUCAAUUAACAAAUGGAUUGGAUUACCCCCAGAUUGGGCAACCUGCAUUUUCAAGGGGGAGACCAGCGGAAGGGCAGACAAGGCCAAUGAAAUAGGCUUUCAAAGAUCUGCAGCUGCGCAGUCAACUCUGCUGUGGGGCAGCCCUUCGCCUUAGACCCAAAGACGGGCUUCUUCUUUCAUCCCUGGCAGCCUUGCUGCUCCAGACAACCCUUUGAGACUCCUCUUAUCCACUUGGGCUGCAGAUCCUGGAGCCCAAGCAACAUCUGCUGUGUUUAUUAUUAUUAUUAUUAUUAUUAUUAUUAUUAUUAUUAUUGAUACAUCAAGAAGAAAGAAAAGAAGAAAAACAGAAAUGAAAAUGAACACAAUAUUAUUUACAAAACAAUGAAGCAAAAAUUGGUCUUUGAACUAUAGACCCAACCUCCCAUCUGUUCCUUACUUCAAUUAUAUAUUGCUGGUUGCCAACACACACUUUAAUCCAAAUUUGACUAAUCCUUAAUUUAUUUUAAAUCUGAUGUCUUUCUUAAAGCUACUACUGAAAUUGCUCGAAUGCUGCAACAGAAUUUAAACUGCAGUAAUUAUUUUUCAAAUGUACUUUAAAGACCUCCUGUUUUGGUUUAUUCUUUAUUUUUCUGAUAAACUAUCUAACUCUGCAUAUUCUGUCACUUUUUGAAUCCAUUCAUGAAUAGAGCGGAUUUUAUCACUUCCGUUUUGCAGCAAUAAGAACUGUUGCUGCAACUGUAGCAUAUAAAAAGAUACCCUUCGGUUUUUUGUGGGAUAUCCAAAUCUAUAAUUCCCAGCUGAUAAGCUUCUGGUUUUCUGUGAAAAGAGAUCUUUAACCUUUUUUGUAAUUAUGAAUGGAUGCUCUCCCCAAAUACCUGGGUUUUCUUACAUAGCCACCACAUGUGAUAGAGAGUGCCUGAUUUGCCUGGGAGAGAGUUUUGAAGGCGCCCUUGGCUAGUGUGGCUAAUCGGCACCCCAAACUCUUUCUGCCUCCGGCAAGAGGGACCUGGGGCUCAUGCUCUGCUUUCCCUCCCAGCUUCCAGGCUGUGCACAGCUUCUCCAGCGGCUGCCCGCUGCCGUGGGGGCCCAUCUGCAGAGCCAUGGCCACCUGCCACUCCCUGCUGGUCUUGGACGGGAAGAUCCAAGGGGAUCCACUGGAUGUCAAGAUGUUUGAGGGCACCAACUGGGUGAGUCGACUUUCGCACUCAGGGCUGCCGAGGAGGAAAGAGCUGGGAAGGCAGGGCAUAAUAAUAAUAAUAUUUUUUGUUUAGUCAUGUCGGACUCUUCGUGACCCCAUGGACCAGAGAAUGCCAGGCACUCCUGUCUUCCACUGCCUCCUGCAAUUUGGUCAAACUCAUGCUGGUAGCUUCGAGAACACUGUCCAGCCAUCUCGUCCUCUGUCGUCCCCUUCUCCUUGUGCCCUCCAUCUUUCCCAACAUCAGGGUCUUUUCCAGGGAGUCUUCUCUUCUCAUGAGGGGGCCAAAGUGUUGGAGCCUCAGCUUCACGAUCUGUCCUUCCAGUGAGCCCCUUUACCUUUAUCUCCAGGCCCCUCAAGGAUUCCUCUUAAGACUUGGCUUCCAGACCCUUCACCAUCUUUGCCACCCUCUAAUCUGGUCCUUGAGACUCUCCCAGUCGCAAUGUGUGUUCUCCUCCUUCCUUCUUACAGAAAAUGGAGGAGUCCAGCUCGGACGGGAGCAAAGGCAGCGUGCAAGUGAGCCGCACCAUUGUCAAGCCAGACAGCAACGCCGCCCAGGUAAGUGCCGCACCUGCCCCUGAGCGGCCCCCGCCCUGACAAAGCAUCCUGCCACUCUCGUCCUGGGGGAGCAAGCAAGGCAGGGGGCGGCUGGCAUCACAGCAUCCGCUCAGUGAAAGAGCUUCUGGGGCAAAGGAGCCUUGUAGCUUCAUUUGUGCAUCUGCUACCCCGGGCUUAUUCGGGACGGAGGCAAAGGGAAGGUUUUUGCUGGAAGAUUCAGGGCAGAUGAAAGGAAGUCGGCAGCACAUAGUUAAACGAUGGGACUCCCUCCCACAGGAGGCAGUGAUGGCUGCCAGAGGAUAGGACCGAUUUAUGGAGGAGGAGGAGAGGGCUAGCGAUUCUGCUGUGCCUCCCCAAUUGGAAUCAGUGAUGCUUCUGAAUCCCCUUUGCUGGGAACCACAGAAGGGGAGAUUUGCUCUUGUAUUCGAAUCCUGAUUUCUGGUUUCCCAUUGGGGCAUCUGGUCGACCACUGUGAGAACAGGAUUCUGGGCUCAAUGGGCCAUUGGCUCUUCCUAUGCUCUUAAGAAAUACAUAAAAGCCAUCAGGGAUCUUCUGUUGCCAUUCUGACCUGGGAGGCAUGGAAGGAGGCAGUUUAGAGACAGGACCAAGCCAGAAAGAACUUUCUGUGGAUAAUUUUAAACAAGGAAAAGUUAAAUGCACGACUGCAGGGGGAACAGUGGACCGGCAGCAGCUGCUGGCGGUUGUUCUCUUUUAGGGCAGACUGAGAGCCACACACCUUCGCAUCCUGGCACCGCAGUGCUCAGUCAGUUGCCCCGAAGAGAAGCCCACAAGGCAAACAUGAGCACCAUCUCUCUCUCCCAAGACUGUGUUCCCAGCCAUUGGUGUUCAGAGGCAGGUGAUGGUGAGGACUGAAUUGAUUGCCUGUCCUUCACGGGCAGGUCCCAGGAGUGGGCUACAACCUUUUAAAAUUCAGUAUGAAAACAAAUUACAGGCAGAGGAAGAGGGUGGGUCCUGGCAAAGAACAGAGAAGGUGUCAGGUGCACCUCGGGGGGGGGGAGUUCCACAUUUUGGGGGCUGCUACAGAGAAGGCCCCCUUCCAGGUUUUUGGCACCCCAAACUUCGGCGGUGGCAGGACUAACCAAGAGAGUCCCCUCUGCCAAUCUUCACACCCAAGGGGGUCUCUAGGGAAGGAGGUGGUCUCUGCUUCCUGGACUUGGGCCCAAGUCAUUUGCGGCUUUAAAAUGUGUAGGUGUGCUUGAAAUGGAGCCUGAUAAUUAAUACAGUAAUACAGUCAUACCUCGGGUUGAAGUAGCUUCAGGAUAAGUAUUUUUGGGUUGCGCGCUGCAGCGACCCGGAAGUAACGGAGCGCGUUGCUUCUGGGUUUCACCACUCGCGCAUGCGCAGAUGGUCAAAAUGAUGUCACGCGCAUGCGCAGAAGCGUCAAAUUGCGAUCCACGCACACGCAGAUGCGCGGACGCGGGUUGCGUUCACUUCUGGAUGCGAACGGGACUCCGGAACGGAUCCCGUUCACAUCCGGAGGUACCGCUGUACCUCCGUGAAUGUGCGCCUUGUCUAGCGUCCAUUCCAGCAAAUGUCCGUGGCAAACCCAGAAGUACCUAAACGGGUUACUUCUGAGUUUGCUGCUCGCACAUGCGCAGAAGCACUAAAUUGCACUUCGCACAUGUGCAGAAGCGCAGAUGUGGUGCUUUGCCCUGAGUCCGUUUCGGCUAGCGUCCGGGGCUCCGGAACGGAUCCUGGUCACAAAACAAGGUACGACUGUAUGCGGCGGUUUUAAAAUGGGGCUUGUUUGAGUUCUAAAGGCAAAUCUGAGCACUGCAUUUUGAGUCGGUUGAUGUUUCCGAGCCAUCUUCAAAGGCAGCCCUAGUUAGGGCACAUUGCCGUAAUCUAAUCUGCUCCUUCCUGGACUGGAGAACUCGGAACACACAAGACUUCUGUCUUUUCAGGAUUCACUUUCAGUUUUUUGGCCCACACCCAGCCCAUCGCUGCCUCCAAACACCUCUCUAGCAUCUCAGCCCCCUCUCCCAAUUCAGAUAGGUCAGAGAGACAGGGCGGGGUGUCGUCUGCGUAUCGACAACUCCUCCCUCCCAACCUCCCAGCAGCUCCAUAAAGAGGUUCAAGAGUGGGGCACGAAAAUGGGGGGGGGGGGGCGAGAUGGAUCCUUACAGGGCACCACAGGACAACUCCCAUGGGACCAGCCUCCCUAGACUACUUUUUGGACAGAGCUCUAGAGGUUAGAAGCAGAACCACUGAUGUGCCUCCCCAGCCCUCUUGAGAUGCUCUAGAAGGAUGCGGUGGUCCAUGGGGCUGAAAGCCACUGCAAGAUCAAUAAAAAUGCACUCACCCAUUUCUCUCCCGACAAAUGCCCUCAGCCAGGGCGACCAAGGCAGCCUCAGUGUCCUGGCUGGGCCGGAAGCCUCUAGACUGAACUGGUUCCAAAUAUUCAGUCUCCUGAUAUUAGCCAACGGGUGAGAAUUAUCUAAUGCUUCCUGGUCCAGGCAGGGCUUCUGAAGGAAGGGGCACAUCACCAUCUCCUUCAAGGCGGGCAUUCUCCUUCCUCCUUGGACCCACCCAGCCAUGAGGGGCAAGGGGCAAGGGGGCUGGCAUUCGGGCACCCUUCUUGAAGCAGCUUCUCUACAUCUUCAGGAUGCAGUAAUAUUUCUUUAUUUAUUGUUUCAUUAGUAAAAAUUACAGUGUAGAAAAACCUCAAAGCGGUUAAUAAAAAAGAUAAAGAAAUUAUCGUCAAAAAAACCGUAUAGGAGUAUGGUAAUUUAAAGUUAAAGCCACAGGAAAGCAGAUCAAAACUCAUGCCAACUUUCUAAGCGUCUGGGUGCAAAUCUGAGCAGUUUUGUCCCUAAAGCGCCUGGCAGAGUUUCUACAACCACCAGGGACUCUGGCGGGUCAGAGCAAUGCUCUCUUGGCCAGACCACCCAAACCCGUUGACCGGUCGGAAAAGCUCUGCCGGACGGCCGCUCGGGGAGGCAGAGAAGUCCGCUCUUUGCCGCUGCCGCCGCAUGUCAGGGUGUGGCAGUGCAGCCUCCCACAUGUUGCAGCCACCAACCCUCCUGUUUCGUUGCACGCAGGUCAUUAGAGAGCCAAGGCAGCCUACGUUCUUCACAGUGACGGCGGGACCGUUCAAGCGCAGGCCAUCCAGGCUACCUCUGAUCCUGGAGGUAGUAUAGAAUCAUAGAGCUGUAGGAUAGUAGAGUCGGAAGGGGCCUCGGGGGGUCAUCUAGUCCAACCCCCUGCAAUGCAGGAAUCUCAACUCAAGCAGAUGCUCUCUGAUUUCAGUCUAUUGUUACUUUAACUUCUUGAAAGUUUGGCAUUAUUGUUGUUAACUUCACUAUACCAGCUGCACUGGCUCCCGGUGGAGUAUAGGAUCAGGUUUAAGGUGCUGUUUUUAACCUUUAAAGCCCUAUACGGCCUAGGACCCUCGUACCUAUGGGACCGCCUCUCCUGGUAUGUUCCAUGGAGGACCUUAAGGUCCAUAAAUGACACUUUGGAGGUCCAAGCCGCAAGGUGCUUAGAUUGGUCUCAACUAGGGCCAGGGCCUUUUCAGUACUGGCCCCAACUUGGUGGAAGGCUCUGUCACAAGAGACUAGGGCCCUGCGGGACUUGACAUCUUUCCGUAGGGCCUGCAAGACAGAGCUGUUCUGCCUGGCCUUUGGCUAGGGCACAGCCUGACUCCCUCCUUUGGCAAUCCUCACAGAACUUUUAGCGCUAAUGGUUGCCAUUAAUUUGAUUAGAAUUAAAUUUACAAUGAAAUGAUUUUAGAAUGUUUUAUCAUUUUACUGUUGUUAGCCACUCUGAGCCCGGCUUUGGCUGGGGAGGGCGGGAUAUAAAUAAAAUUUAUUAUUUAUUAUUAUUAUUACUGAUAAUUUUGCUACCUUCUUUGUAAAUAGCUCUGAGGGGGGUUCUUUUUACAUCAAGUGGCGUAUAAAUUUUAUCAGGGUGGAUUUGAUUUAAAUCACAAUUUUAAAUCACUAGUCAGUAAGACAUGAUUUAAAUCAUUUUUUUUUUACAUAAAGACUAAUUCUUGCCAGUAUAAUCUUAAUAUUUACAACCAGAUGAAGGUUUCAAUUUUGGAAUAAUAAAUUUUCAGAGUAGUUUUUACAGUUAUAUCAAAAAUUACUGAUUUAGUUAUACUAUUAGAAAUACAUAGACAGACAAUUAUGCAGAGACAGUGGAACCUCGGUUGUCGGACGCUUCGGAAACCGAACAAUUAGGAACCCGAAGGCCGACAACCUGGAAGGGAAGGCUUCCGUUUUUGAACGUGCUUCAGAAGUCAAACGGCUUCCAAGCUGCGUUUCUCCAUUUUAAAAAAGGAAUUUGCCAACCAGCAAUUACACCUCGGUCGUUGAACGUUUUGGAAGUCAAACGGUCUUCCGGAACAGAUUACGUUCGACAGCCGAGGUUCCACUUUCAAGAAACAGAACAGGGAGUCCGUUCCACUGUCAAACGCCGCUUACGGUCAGAACGUUCUUCUGGUGUUUAAUCCGAUUCUCCUUCCUUGCAAUGUGAAUCCGUUGGUUCGGGUCCCACAGUUUGGACCAGCAGAAAACAAGCUGCCUCCCUCUUCCCUGGGGCAGCCCUUAAGAUACUGGAAGAUAACUCUCAUGUCACCUUGCAGUCUCCUGUUUUCGAGGCAAAACAUACCCAGCUCCUUCAAGCGUUCCUUCUGAGUCUUGGUUUCCACACCCUUGAUCAUCCCGGGCGCCCGCCUCUGCACACCAUCCAGCUUGUCAAGUUUCUAGCCCUCAUUGCGCCUCCUAGUUCAGGCCCUACGUAGACGCCUUGGGUGUCGUGGUGCUGAAUAGAAGCCCCCUGCUUGCGGGGAGACCUCUCACUAAGAGCCUCCUGUUCCCGCCCCUCCCAGGCCCCCUUGGAAGGCAUCGCGAUCUUGCACCAGUUUCCCUUCUCCUCCUCUCUGCUGAGGAUGUCUGUCAUCACGCAAGAGAUUGGGAAGGACGGCUACGACCUCUACAUGAAGGGAGCCCCAGAGACGGUGGCCGGCUUUUGCAAAACCAACACCGGUAAGGCCCCAAGAUCCAUGUCCCUGUAAGGUAAACAAGGUAAAGGACCCCUGGACGGUUAAGUCCAGUCAAAGGCAACUGUGGGGUUGCGGCGCUCAUCUCGCUUUCAGGCCAAGGGAGCCGGCAUUUGUCCACAAUAAGUAUCCAAACAAACAGCUGGGUCAGACUUCAGGGGGAGCCGUUUUAAACGUCCAUCUCCGAGGGCCUUCUGGCAGUUCACUCCCUGUGAGAAGCGAGGUUGCAGGGAACCAGGCAAAGGGCCUUCUCGGUGGUGGCGACCGCCCUGUGGAACUCCCUCCCAUCAGAUGCCAAGGAAAUAAACAACUAGCUGACUUUUAGAAGACAUCUGAAGGCAGCCCUGUUCAGGGAAGUUUUUAAGGUUUGAUGUUUUAUUGUGCUUUUAACAUUUUGUCGGAGCCGCCCAGAGUGGCUGGGGAAACCCAGCCAGAUGGGUGGAGUAUAAAUAAUAAAUUAUUAUUAAAUCAUUAUUAUUUUAAACAAGCACAUCCUUGGUUAGCUGCCUCUGCUGCUCUUUGACUGGCGCCUCUCUUCUCUCCCCCUCCUCCCUGGCAGUCCCAAAGAACUUCCACAGGGAGCUGAAGUGCUUCACGUCUCAAGGCUUCCGCGUCAUUGCGCUGGCUCACAAGGGGCUCCGUCUGAACAGGGGCGUCAACCUGGACAACUUGGAAAGGUAAUGGUGGCUGAUGUUGGGCCUCCGGGGCUGAUGCUGGCCUGACUCCACCAGGCAUGGGCUCCAUUUAUAUCGUUCAUUAUCAAGAGCGGAGUCAUCUCCCGUGUCAGGGGUCAUCCACACUUACCUUUCUGCCGUGAUUUCCAGGCAGGGUCUGCAAUUUAAGGCUCAGGGUCUUCACGCCCCCCCACCCACCCACCUUGCUUCCUGCUCUGGAGCUUUCCUCACAAAAACCUGCAUUUUGAAGAUCAGUUGGCGCAAAUGGCAGUCCGCAGAAAACACAAAUUGACAUUUGCACCGACUGGGCUUUAUAGAGCCAAUUUUUGCAGGGAAAACUCCAGGGUGUGUGUGUGGGGGGGGACCCCAUCAGCACUCACACACAGAACUUUUAAGCAUGGAAAGAGCAGGGCCAAAAGGUAAGUGUUAUAGGAUUUCUAAGGUCUCAUAUAUAUAAAUCAUAUGUUCCUAAAUUUACAAGGCAAACACAUACAGAAGUAUGUAAACCACAUGUCUGAAAUAGUACAGGAGAGAAAUCCUGAAGCCAUUUUGACUCUUCCAAAUGGACCUCAAAUGUUUCUCUGCAAGGAGGAUGGAAAUGGGAAAGCCUCCCCACUGUCUCUUUGCUCACAAAUCCUGUCUUAAGGGCGUAUCUGUGUAUGAAUAGGGUGAGCCUGUGACCUGGAGUCAGGAACUGAGCAGGGCCGUCUUACCCAUAGGCGCUAGGGGUGAGGGACACCCGGUGCUGCGAUCUCAGGGGCACCAGGCUGAGAGUCCGGGGCCCGAGAGUUGGGUCUGGGGAAGAGCCCGUCCGUCGGUUGGAGCUCUGCGAUGGGCUCUUCUGCUGCGGGCGGCUCUGUGCUGCAAGUUUGGGAGCGAGCGAGCCAGCGAGACGCUGAGGCGGUUGGCACUAUUUUUCUAAUAACGUGGAUGAGCCUCACUGGCAGCCAGAGGCAUAGUGGGGGACGACUUCAUAAAGGACUCUCUGUGGGGCCAGCCACCUCAAGGCCGUGCUCCAGAGCAGCCCCCAGGCCUCUCUGGGCCUCUUCAGAAGCCCCUCACUCUCCCCUCUUGCCUCCCAGAGACAAGCUGGAGUCUGGCCUGACCUUCUUGGGUCUCCUGGUCAUGGAGAAUCGGCUGAAGAUGGAGACCCAGGCUGUCCUGGAAGAACUCAGCUCUGCUCGCAUCCGCAGCGUCAUGGUCACAGGUAGGUAGGUUGUGGUUGUGUGUUUGUGCGUUUGUGAAGGGUUUGCAAGGGGUUCUCCCUCGCUGGGGUUUCCCAAAGGCUUUAACUGGGGGGGAAAGAUCAGGCCUUUAUUGAUGCAAACAUACGUGGGGCUCAGUCUCUCUAAAAAUCAUAGGCGGGGGUGGAGGCAGGCUGGAACUGCAUUGUAGUUGACAGAUUUCCCAAGAAACGAAGCUUUCCUUUUGUGAUUGGAUACUGGCAUUUGCAAAUCCUGGGGGCCCAGGGGGAGGCAAAUGAGCCCCACAAACAGCCCCACAGACUUUCUUCCUUCCCCUCACUUCCAGGCGACAAUCUUCAGACAGCCAUCACAGUCGCCAGGAACUGUGGGAUGUUCUCCAUUAGCAGCAGAGUGAUCCUGGUAGAAGCCAGGGAGGCAGAGGGCUCCAACCGGGCAUCCGUUACCUGGCAGCUGAUAGAGGAUGUGUUCAAUUCCGACGAAGCCAUGGUAAGGCAGGAGCUCCAGAGCUCUUUGCAUAGCUUCAAUCUGGGUGGAAUGGGUGUGCCCCCAAGCUUCUGACCCCGUUUGGCUGAGAUGCUUCCAAUUGCGCAAAUUCUGAAAUAAGUCACCGGGGCGUAAUUCCUGACUUCCAGACUCCCGACAUCUCCAUUGACAUCUCUGAUGCUAGCGGGAAAGAGAGCGACUUCCACUUCGCCUUGAACGGGGACACCUAUCACGUCCUCAUGAAACACUUUGGCAGUCUCCUGCCCAAGGUACGCUGAGGGGAAGGCGGUGGGUGGUCCCUAGGGCUGGUGGCAGGGAGGGAAUGAGGAAUGGGCCCCCCGUUGAGACCAGGACGCAUCCUUAAGGGCACUUUCUUGGAACCAGCCUGCAAUGCGGGACUUUCUUUGGGCGGAAGGGGCCUCCAGGUGUGUGUCUUGUGAAGCAAUAAACGUCCUGCGCUUUCAGGGUGGGCUUGUACUGGACCGUCUUGCGUCCACGGCGCAAAUGUUCUUUGGCGCUCCCAGAUUUCUCCCGCGUCAUUGACUCCUCUGCACGGCCUCCCUGGACUCCUCCGGGACACUGUUUCAUAGAAUCGUAGCAUUCCGAACAGGAGGGAUCCCCUAAGCACCAUCUAGUCCAGCCCUCUGCAGUGCUAAAGAAUCCCAGAUAGAUGGCCAUCCUGUGGGAAUGUUCAGGGAUGCAGGAGAGGAUAUAUUGUUUGAUUAUAGCCUUUCCAACUUGUGUUAACAAGUUCACAAUUUAGCAGAGUAACAUUCCCCUUUUUAAACUCACAGCGAAUGCGUUUGCUCAGCUAAAGCCUCUAUAAUAACUGCUCUGGUAUUUUCCCCUUAUUCCCUCAUAAAAGAUAAGACACAACACAGUCUUCUAAAAAGAGUUUACUCACUCACAUUCUGUUCACAAUCGGAUCCCAGAAGACAGACUUAGCUUAGAAAACUAACCUACACCUGGAAACUAUCUCAUAAGGAGACAGUCCCUUUGUCCUCUUUUGGCUGGAGGCCAAGAGAGCAUCUUUGGCUAAGCAGAUGUUGCUUCUUCGAUGCAUGUAGUCAAAGAGAGAGAGAUGGCUGCCCUGCCCUGUGCUUUUGUAGUUACCUGCACAGGUGAGGCCACACCCACCUCUAGUCACAUGCAGAGGAAGUCUGUCCCAGCCCAGAAGGAAACAGGAAGUUUACCUGCUGGCUGGACAAACAUUCCUCCCCAUGUGUAAACAUGUUCACUCUAGGAAUGUUGUACUUGACUGCUCUUGUGUUUCACAUCCCACAGAUCCAACCUCUGUUUAAAAACAUUCAAUGAAGGAGACGCCACUAGAUGAGGCUUAGGGUCCCUUCAAACUCUACAAUUCUAUAAUUCUGUGUUUGUUUGGUGGGGCAUUUUUUUUCCUAUCCACAGAUUCUUCUGAACGCAACAGUGUUUGCCAGGAUGUCUCCAGCGCAGAAGUCCAGCCUUGUGGAAGAAUUUCAGAAGCUAGAGUAGGUUCCUUCCUUGCCAUCGUGAUUCUGGGACAGGGAGAAGGACCUUUUUGCCGUCACAGUAAUGUUUAAGAUAUUCCUUGAAUAUAAUCCAUUCUUGAUUUACCUUUUGCAUCGAAUACCCUCAUACCCUCCCUGUCAUUUUUGCCAUUCGCAGAUAUUCUCAUAGUUUAACUUGCCAUUCAGAUUUUGUAGGUAUAGUUUCAUUUUUCCAAUACGUUGCAAUAAAAAUUCUGGCUGCGGAUGUUGCAUACAUAAAGAGAGAUCUUACUUCUUUUUUGAUUUCAGUUGACGUUAUCCCUAAUAAGAAGGCUUCUGGUCAUUUCGUGAAUGGGAUUUUUAACAUCUUUUUUAAAAACAAAACAAAACAAAAACCUGAACUUUCAAAUGAUGUUCCCUCCUGUCUCCUAGCUACUACGUGGGAAUGUGUGGCGACGGAGCCAACGACUGCGGGGUAGGUAAUUAGAUUUGUUAAAUGAUAAUAAUAAUAAAGGAUGUGGCGGGUCCUAAGUGGAAACCAAAAGGCGAUUCCUGUUCCUACAAUUCUCUUGAUUCCAUCUGAGAUUGAAUGGGGGCGAUGGCUGAUGCUGCUGCUCUUUCAGGCCUUGAAGAUGGCUCACGCCGGGAUCUCCCUCUCUGAGCAAGAGGCUUCCGUCGCGUCUCCCUUCACCUCCCAAAUCCCAAACAUCGAGUGUGUGCCGGAACUGAUCAGGUGGGUUUUGCCUCCUUCGCUUCCGUGGCUUUGUUCCCGCCACGCCAAACCUCUCCGGAGGCGCCUUGUGGGACCCAGUGUGGCUUUCCUCCGCUGCCUCCUUCCUCCUGUUGUAAUAAUAAUAAUAAUAAUAAUAAUAAUAAUAAUAACAGUCCCCACUCACCCCACGCAGGAGGAACCCAGAACAAUGGUGUGCAAGCCCUUAUAUAGACUUUUGAAAUUGCCCACCUUGUAGCCCAAGACCCCCCCAAAAAAUAUCAUCCAUACAUCACAGAAGGAAACGGUCUGCCACACAAAUCCUGCUAAUGGUCACUGAUUGCUUUACCUGGGCAGCCUGGCCAUUCUUUUGUGAUGGUCAAUAUUUUAGUUUCCUGAAUCCUGGUCACAGGCUCACCCUAUUCAUACACAAAUACGCCCUUAAGACAGGAUUUGUAAGCGAAAAGGCAAUGGGAUGGCUUUCCCCAUUUGCCUCCUUUACUGCAGAGGAAUACCGUAUUCUUUGCUCUAUAAGACACACUUUUUCCCUCCUAAAAAGUAAGAGGAAAUGUGUGUGCUUCUUACGGAGCGAAUGCAGGCUGUGCAGCUAUCCCAGAAGCCAGAGGUGCACACCAAUCCCUCUUGCUCUUCUGGCUUCAGCGAAAGCAACGCAAAGCCUCUUGAGCGCAGGGGGAGCACUCCUGCCUCUUCGCUCAAGGGGCUUUGCGUUGCUUUCUUGUUUCUUGUUUUCCUCCUCUGAAAACUAGGUGCGUCUUAUGGUCGGGUGUAUCUUAUAGAACGAAAAAUACGGUAUUUGAGGUCAUUGGAAGAAUCCAAAUGGCUUAAGGGUUGCUCUCCCAUACUGUUUCAGACACAUGGUUCAUAUGUUUAGAUAUGUGUGCAUUUAUGAAUUUUUAUUCUGUAUUUGAGACCUUAAAAUUCUUAUAACGUUUCCUUCUGUCCUGCUGCUGCUGGCACUGCUGCCAUGGCCUCCAUGCUGCAACAGGUACCCACUGGGACUGGCACACUCCUGGCACUUGCCCUGGCAAGCCUAGCCGCUUGCCGAGUCUUUCAGCCCCGAGUUGUCCUUCUGCACUUGAGCUGCCUCUUUCUCUUCCCCAGGGAAGGUCGUGCGGCCCUCGUGGCCUCCUUCUCGGUGAUUAAAUACCUGACCCUGUAUGGGAUGGGCCAGUUCAUUGGCACUGCUCUGCUGUAUUGGGUACGUACAUAUGUAAACAUUGAUGGGUGUAGAUGUCAGGAGCUCGUCCUACACUUGAGUAGGACCCGGCAAAGACACAUGCCCGACUGGCAUGUUCCCUCCCUCCUGGUCAAUUGUUCGGGAGCUUCAAAAGCUUUCUUCAGCCCGAACAUCACAGCGACCGAUGCCAACCGACACCGGCACACUUAGGGAUCUGCAGAGUCUCCGCAGUUUGCGUGACAGACCUCAGCAUUUUUGCCAAUCUACUUUAUUUACAUCUAAACACACACGGAGCCCUGCAACGUGGCUCCCUCUCUCUCUAGCAUCAGACAGCAAAGAGAGAAAGAACAAAGGACAAUAGUCCCAAUUCACGGAACACAGGAACACAAACAUCCUGUCUCCGUCACUUCCCACUCUGUGGAGUCAAAACAGACACUGCCAUGUGACAGACAACAGUCCCAUGACUGCAAUCAUGGAGCAGGAAUUCUAACAGUAGCUUCAUCCAAAGGCCAAAUGGUGGGUGACUGACGGCACGUGCCCCUAAACUGUAGUUCUAACUUGGAGGUAGACAAUGGCUUCAGUUGAAGAGAGUCCUUUCUUUCCUUAUUUUUAUUACUGUAAUUAAUUAAUAUACUAAUACUAUUAAUUACAUUCCCUCCAAGGAGCUCAAGGUGGUUUCUAUCUUCUCCUCCUCACCCACAGCAAGCUGCAUUUCUGAGUGAGGGAUUUGAACCCUGGUCUCUCCCCAGGUCACAGCCAGAUCCUUGAUCCACAGUGGUUCUCGUCUUUAUAAAAAGCCUCCACCUAAAGGAGCUACGUGUUUGUUGCCUGGGAUCCUGUAAGGCAGGGAAGUGAUUUUGCCGCAAUGGAGCGUGGACCCGUGUGCGAAUCCAGGCCCAGCCAAACAUCUUUGGGUGCCGUUGCAAAGCCCCCUAGACUCUCCCACUCGGUCUGAGUUAAUUCCGCAACAAUCCGAAGUUACAAUCUGGGUGACAAUCUGUCCACAAGCGGCAGGACUGAGAGCCCUCCGUGAACUCAUUCUCUCUCUCUCUCUGCCCCACUUUUAGCAAAUACAGAUCUUUGGGAAUAUCCAGUACCUCCUUCAAGAUGUCGGCAUCACCCUAGUCGUGUGCCUAACAAGUAAGCAGAUCACUGUGUUAUGGGGUCGUGUAUUUAGCAGGCGAGUUCCCUUGGGGGUUUGGGGCAGCUGCUACAAGGAAGGUGCACAGUCAGAUGUGAAACACGCCAAUUCCCUCUUGAGCUGAAGGGAGCCUGAAUUUGACUUACCCCAACCUGAAUGAGCAAGGGACACAGGUGGCGCUGUGGGUUAAACCACUGAGCCUAGGACUUGCCGAUCAGAAGGUCGGCGGUUCAAAUCCCCAUGACAGGGUGAGCUCCCUUUGCUCGGUCCCUGCUCCUGCCCACCUAGCAGUUUGAAAGCACGUCAAAGUGCAAGUAGAUAAAUAGGUACCGCUCCGGCGGGAAGGUAGAUGGCGUUUCCGUGCGCUGCUUUGGUUCACCAGAAGCGGCUUAGUCCUGCUGGCCCCAUGACCCGGAAGCUGUACGCCGGCUCCCUCGGCCAAUAAAGGGAAGGGCAACUGUCAGGGGUUCAGAGAGAGAGGCACAGGGUAGGCAGGAGAUGGAGAGCGAGGGGGAGGAAUUCCAAGCCAGCGAGGAAGAGGAUGACAAUGACUCAAGGGAUUCCAUGAGUCUUUCCAGCGAAUCAGAGGAUUCCCAGAAGGGGGCGCCGGUGGUCAGGGCCGGAGGAGCCCCAGGGGGGAAGUGUCAGGAGCAGGGUGCCAGCGGAGGAUCCCAAAGUGGCAGCUGGGCGUCAGGACUAGCCUCCCCAGCAGCAGAGAAAGGAGGGGGGUCAGAGCAAGCCGCCCUCCCGGAAGGGGAGGGGAGCAGUGAAGGGAGUAGUGUAACUGUCAAAAGGAAAGUUAGAGGUUGGGCGCGCGCGCCUAGUUCAAAUGUAGAGGCGCGCGGAAGUGCAGGGAGCCCGGAGGAGGGGCCAGGUCCCAAAGCCCGCAGGAGGGGGGGAAGAGCAGUCUGGGGAUUCAGCGUCAGAGGAAUCCAGAAGGGGCGCAACCCCAGGGGGCAGAAGGACCCUGCGGAAAAGGAAGGAGAGAAAGAGGUGGAGCAGCGCAAGUCUCUUAAAUUGGUGCAGAGGAGGGAGUGACUCAGAGGGGACUUCGGCGGUCUAGCGUAAGAGACGUAAGGCUGCGCGCCUAGGAUGUCAAGCAACCAUGAACUGCAAUAAACACCUUUGUAUACAAGAAGACGUAGGCGUUGGUCUUUUGUGAGCUAAGACUUGAGGCAGCCUUGACAGCAACCUUUUUAAACUCUUUGCUUUCUCCAUGCCAUCUCUUCCUCCCCACAGUGAGCCUGACCCACGCCUACCCCAAGCUGGCCCCCUACCGACCCCCCGGGCGGCUCCUCUCCCCGCCGCUCCUGCUCUCCAUCAUCCUCAACGUCCUCUUCACCCUCACCGUCCAGGUCUUCGCCUUCCUGUAUGUGAAGCAGCAGCCCUGGUACUCUGUCCUGCGCAGCCACAGGUGAGGCCCCCAUCCAAAGAGCGCACCUCCCAGGGAGAGGCUUAGACGUGGGCUGGGGUGGGUGGCCAGGGGGUGCCAUUUCCCUCUUGCUGGUGUCUAAGGGUAGAGGCUCCCCUUAUUCCCAGAGGCAGCAGUGGGAGGGUGGGGCUGGAAUCUCCCUUGGAGCUCACCCAGGCCACAUCUCAUGGAGAAUACCCCCAAUUUGCUCACGGGGAAGUCAUACGAGAUCCUCUCUCGGUGGAGCCUUCCUUCUGAUCUGUUUGUGGGGAGGUUAGAUGCCUCAUCCUUUUGAGCUGCAAAGUAUCUCCUUAAAAGAAAGAAUUGGGAGGUGGUGCUGGGUGCUGAAGGGGCAACAGGGUUUAGUGAGCAGGAAGAACCUGUGACGGGGGGCAGUUCAGACUCUGAGGCUGGAGCAGAGGAGUGGGUUCAAGAGGCUGCGAUAUGUGAGAUGUGAUCCAUGAGAGGCAGUCAAGUACAACAUUCAUUCUAAUGCUAGAGAAGACAUGCAGGGGAAGACAUGCAGAAACUUCCUGUUCCUCCUGGCUGAAGCAUCCUUGUUUUGCAUGUGACUAAAGGUGGGCUUGACCAAACCUGUCCAGGUAACAAAAGGACGAGUCACGCAGCACACCUCUCUCCUUUUGACUCCCAUCUUUGUUUGACCAGCUUCUAGCUAGGACUGCUCUGCUAGCUCUCAGCUAGCAGAAGCACUGGGAUUAUUCCCCCAUAUGGGGUAGAUCCACAUAUUUGUAAAUAAGUCUGCCUUCAGGAAUCCAACUUUGAACUGAUGUAAGUAAACUUCUUUUCAUCAUCUUUGAAUAAGAUUGUGGCAUCUUUAUUCUUUUAAGAGGGAUUCAAAGGAACAUACCAGGAACAUACAAUUCAAUCUGAGACAGACUGAAUUGUAUAAUAGUGAGAGGCUCACAUGACCUGCAACCAGCUAUCUGCUGUGCGUGUAAGAAGGGGAAUUUAAACUCUGCUAAGUAAAGGAACUUGCUAGCACAAGUUAGGAAGGAUAUUAAUUAACAAUAUCUCCUCUCUUGCCACCCUGAACAUUCCCACAAGCUCCCCUUCCCCUGUUCUCCCAGAAUAAGGAGGGAAGCAGAACAGAGACCAGAGGUGCUCAGGCGCAGUUUGAGGCGGCUUGGGAAACAUCUGGGAGAGGAGGAGCCUUAGGUGGAAGGCAGGGACCUUCAGCCUGGCAACGGCUACAUGGGGCCAAGACCUGCUGGGAAGGGUUGCUGCGACCACUAGGCCGAGUUGCCUGCCAUUUCCUUGAAUGAAGAGUUAACUUGGCCAGCAUCUGCUCUGCCUCUUCAUUCUGACCUGCAUCUGACCAGGGGGGGGGGUGUCUUCCUUCCAGGGGGUGCCCUACUGCAGACCACCCUGUGUCCCUGGGCAACGGGACGGCCAGCAACGCCACAGCCCCGGAGCACUCCGUCCUGAGCUAUGAGGACACCACCCUCUGGCCACUGGUCACCGUCAACUGCAUCAUCGCAGCCUUUGUCUUCUCCAAGGGGAGACCCUUCCGGAAGCCCAUCUACACCAACUGUGAGUGGACAGGGAGGGGGCAGCGGACCCCCACGCCCUUUUCUGCCUUUUCGGUUCAUGAUGACUUCUGCCCCACCCAGCCCAGCAGAGACCCCAGAACCAGCCUUGCCAGGGGUCUGGUUGUGGGCAUAGCCCAGAGACCUUUCCAUGCAUUGUCUCUUUGCUCCUCAUCACACCCUGUGGAAGGAAGGAAGGGAGGGAGGGAGGGAGGGAGGGAGGGAGGGCUCAUCAACAUUGUCACUUGACCCAUAUUUUGACUGCAUUGUGUACCAAUUAUUUUCCCCGAGUCCGAGAGCUUUUCUUGUUUUUCCAUGGCUGGACCUUGUGAAAAUCAGACCUUACCUGUUGAAUUGAAGCUCAGGGGAGCAAGAUUUCUGCUCAGAUUUUCUGUGCACCAGACUAGGUCCAACGAUUCAACGGGUUCAGUUCUUGGACUCAGGGGAAUUAAUCAGUGCAGGAUGCGAUCAAAAUAUGGGCCAGGCAAAAGUGGAAGGAAGGAAGGAAGGAAGGAAGGAAGGAAGGAAGGAAGGAAGGAAGGAAGGAGCCCAUUGUGGUGGCAGCAGGAGCAGCCCCAGUGACCAGGGCCCCAGUGACCAGAGGUCCAGGGACACAUGGGAACCUGCUUGGUUAUAAGAAUAACAAUAACAAUAAAACAAUAACAAUAACAAUAAUUUAUUAUUUAUACCCCGUCCAUCUGGCUGGGCUUCCCAAGCCACUCUGGGCGGCUUCCAGCCAAAUAUAAAAAUACAGUAAAACAUCAGUCAUUAAGCUGAUCAGCUUCUGAUGUCUUCUAAAAGUCAGAGAGUUGUUUCUUUCCUUGACAUCUGAUGGGAGGGCGUUCCACAGGGAGGGCGCCACCACAGAGAAGGCCCUCUGCCUGGUUCCCUGUAGCUUUGCUUCUCGCAGGGAGGGAACCACCAGAAGGCGCUCAGCGCUGGACCUCAGUGUCCGGGCUGAACAAUGGAUGUGGAGACACUCCUUCCGAUCCUGUUGUUGCCUCCCAUCUCCCAUUGCUCUUCCUGACGCUAGAGGCCCCCCGAUUCCUGGGCUUCACUGGGGGCUCUUCUUGAUUCCCAGAUAUCUUCUCUGGCCUGCUGUGUGUCCAGCUCGGAGUCUCCCUUUUCCUUUUCUUCGCUGACCUGGACCCCGUCUACAUACGAAUGGAGGUGAGUCGGGAGUGCCCAGCGGGAGACUCCAAGGGAGGGUGGGGGGUGAACCCGGAGCUCCCCCCAGCAGGAGGAUAUGGGCAGCUGGCACCAGAUUGGAGCACCAUGCUCUCUGCUUGGGGCAAAAGGCAGAGCCCUGGGCCGGGCUUCAGGGGUGUGGGGUGCGGAAGGAGGGGGCAGGUGCCAGGCAGGCUGACCUGAAGGCGCUGCGAAGCCUAACCAGCUUGCAACCUCUUUCCUCACAGUUUCUCUGCACCCCAACCAUCUGGAGAGUGUAUGUGCUGCUGAUGCUGCUGGUGGCCUUCUCCGUCUCGUUCUUGGUGGAGGUGAGCAGGCGAGCGUGAUUUCAGGAGUCUGGCUGCUGGCCCAUCUAGCCCAAUGUUGUCCACACGGACUGGCAGCAGCUGUCCACGGUUUCAGGCAGGGGUCUCUCGGUCCCAGCGGGGAUUGAACCUGAGAGCUUCUGCUUGCAAGGCCAACGCUCAGCCUCUGAGCUACGGCUUUUCAUUUCCCCAGGAACUGGCUCAGAGUUUUCCCUUCCAGCAGAGCGCUACCUACUCCCAGGGGUUGUGGGAACCUGCUGGUGGUGGUUCAGGGGAUGUGGAGGGGAUUUGGGGGGUUAAAGAGGGUCGGGAAAGCGAUCCCUCGGGCUCAGCAUCCUCCUCCUGCUCACCAACAGAUGAUGAUGAUGAUGAUUAAUUAAAUUGAUAUACUGCCCUUCAUCUGAAAAUCAUAGGGCGGUUUACAACAUAACAAAUACAAAAUGAAGACACAAAAUCCUAAUCCUAAUAAUGACCCCAAUAACCCCCCUACCCCAAACACAUUUUAAAGGGCAUAGCAUGUUGUUCAUCCCAACGCCUGGUUGAAGAGGACCCUUUUCACCUGGUGCCUAAACAUGUGUAAUGGAGGUGCCAGGUGAACUUCCCUGGGGAGAGCAUUCCACAAGCGGGGAGCCACCACAGAAAAGGCCCUGUUCUCAUGGGGCCACCCCUCUUGCGGAGCAGGCACAUGACAACGGGCCUCAGAAGAUGAUCUUAGGAUCCAGGUCGCUUCACGUGGGGAAUAUUGUGGUCCUGAGCCAUUUCAGGCUUUAGAGGUCAAAAGCGGCGCUUUGAAUGAUGCCCGGAAACUAAGUGGCAGCCGGUGCAGUCGGGCCAGGAUCGGUGCAAUAGCCUUAAAUCAUCUUGCCCCAGUGAUUAAACUAGCCACUGAAUUCCCAAAGCGGCAACUUUCCCCCCAUAAAACGCUGCAGCCUCAAUGCCUCCAGAUGCUUUUGGGAUCAGAGGCAGCUCUGCUUUGGAAGGCCAGGAGGCUUGAAAGAUGCUCUUGCGCUCGGAUCCUGCUUGUGGGUUUCGCUCAGGGGCAUUUGGUCAGCCACGGUGAGAACAGGAUGCUAGACUGGAUGGGCCCCUUUCUCUUUUAUAUAUAUAAAUUUUUAUUAGUUUUUUAACAUGUCAUUUUCAACAGUAAUUAAACAUACUUUUACAUCUUCUUCAGUUUUUUUGACUUCCAUCAGUCCUGCCUGAAAAUUUUCCGAUCUAAUCUCUUAGUAUGCAUUUCUUAUCUUCCCUAUUACAUUUCAAACUCAUAACCAAUAUCUCUAUCUUUUUCUACUUUGUAACACUUUGUAUAUUUCUCCUUACAAAACGUCUUGUAGUCCUACUAGCGUAAUUUGUUGAUUACAGUUGUUCUUCAAGUAAUUCAUAUACUUAUUCCAAUCUUCUGUAAAUCUCUGGUCCCGCAGGUUUCGAAUCCUUCCUGUCAUUUUGUCCAAUUCUGCAUAGUCCAUUCUGCCAUUUUCUUGCUUCCAUUUCUGGGCUAACAAUACUCUUGCCGCUGUUGUUGCAUAUAAGAACAGUUUGACAUCUUGUCUAUUAAUAUCUUGGCCUACCGGUAAAACUCGGAAAAUUAGAAUAUUGUGGAAAAGUUCAUAUAUUUCAGUAAUUCAACUUAAAAAGUGAAACUAAUAUAUGAGAUAGACUCAUACCAUGCAAAGCGAGAUAUGUCAAGCCUUUAUUUGUUAUAGUUGUGAUGAUCAUGGCGUACAGCUGAUGUAAACCCGAAAUUAACAAUCUCAGAAAAUUAGAAUAUUAAAUGAAAUCAACAAAACAAGGAUUGCAAAUAGAGCAAUAUUGGACCUCUGAGAAGUAGAAGCAUGCAUAUGUUCUCAGUACUUGGUUUGGGCCCCUUUUGCAUCAAUUACUGCCUCAAUGCGGCGUGGCAUGGAUGCUAUCAGCCUGUGGCACCGCUGAGGUGUUAUGGAAGACCAGGAAGCUUCAAUAGCAGCCUUCAGCUCUUCUGCAUUGCUCGGUCUCAUGUCUCUCAUCUGUCUCUUGGCAAUGCCCCAUAGAUUCUCUAUGGGGUUCAGGUCAGGUGAGUUUGCUGGCCAAUCAAGCACAGUAAUCCCAUGGGCAUUGAAGCAGGUUUUGGUACUUUGGCAGUGUGGGCAGGUGCCAACGUCCUGCUGGAAAAUGAAGUCAGCAUUAGAAUUAAUAUUCUAAUUUUCUGAGACUGUUAAUUUGGGGUUUUCAUCAGCUGUAGGCCAUAAUCAUCAAAAAUACAACAAAUAAAGGCUUGACAUAUCUCGCUUUGCAUGUCAUGAGUCUAUCUCAUAUAUUAGUUUCACCUUUUAAGCUGAAUUACUGAAGUAAAAGUUCAUUUCCGAGUUUCACCUGUAUAAUACCAGGUAAAAAUGCUUCUGGUUUUUUUUUAAGAAUGGAUGGGCCCCUUUCUCAUGCUCCCCUGUUCUUUGCAGGACGGCAUCCUCCAGAACCACCGCCUCUGGCUUCUGAUCAAGGCCCUCUUCCGCUUCCGCUCCUCCAGCAAGUACCGGAAGCUGCAGCGGCAGCUGGAGGAGGACGCAAAGUGGCCGCCCACCAGCCAGAAGGACUUUGCAGAAGAGCCCAAGAGUGGUGCUUACGUCAACCCCGUCUAUGAUGAGGCGGGAGAGAACUAGCUGGGGAGGCCGCAGGCUGGCCCAGGAGGACUUGCCAAAAGGGACUUUUUGUGUGCAGAGAGACUGAUGGAAACCCACGGGAGAUCGUGCUCCUAGGAAGCCCCUCUGACGGUGCGCACAGAGCCUGCCUUUGCUCAUCCAGCUCAAGGAGGUUUGUCCCCUGCCAGGGGGGCAUUUUGCUGUUGGCUCUGCCUGAGUGGGGAAAUCUAGGGCUUGAUCCCUGUGCCCACGCAAGGGAUCCCAGCCUCUUCCACGGGGACCAGGCUGCUCCAGCGGAAGGGACACACGAGGGAACACCAUCCGCCGUGUGGAAAACAAAGACAACUCUGUAUUUUUGCUUUCCAAAAGAGAAUAAAGUGGGGGUUUUUUUCUUUUGUGAU